UUCUCAGAGUGCGGUACUGUGACCUUGGCGUUUUUCUCAGGCUAUUACCAACAGAGUGGAGGCUGGAUUUAUUUAAUUAACCAAUUAGGCGGAGGAGAGAGUGGUGGUAAGAUUUCUUCAUGGACCCCCUCUCCCCACCAGCUAAUCCUGGGCUGGAAAACAAGGAGAUUAAAUAUGAUUAAACAAAAUCUUAGCACAGAAAAGAGCGAGGAUGAUGAGGGCUGCAGUCAGAAGACUCACUUUUUUUCUAAAUACCCACAAUCAAUCGAAUCUGCCAAUCAGGGACAAGGACUGUAGUGACGCAAACUGCUCCCUCAGAGUGCUGCAGCCUCUGUUACACUGAUCUGAACCAUCUAUUUAUUGACAGGAUACUGGGAGAUGGAGCUAUUUAGAUGAAAACAUAUCUAUACAAAUGUAAAAUAAAUGUUAAACAGAUCCUGUUUUAGAAAAGUGUCUCUUCUCCACACACAGUCAAAGCUGGCUGACAUGAAGCCAACAACACAAUAAAGUUACAGUUUUUCAUGGUUCUUAGCCUUCUCUGGGUUAAACUCAUAUAGCAGCUGAUCUCAGAUAUCUUCCAAGACAUAGUGUUGAAUGAUUUUAUUAUUUUUGAUAUCUGCAACCAGGUACUUCAUAACUGUCUGCAUAAACUGCAUCCUCUGAACCUCAGGCUGUGUAAAUAUAAAUGUGAAAUAUAUCCCUGCUGCUUCCACUUUACAGCUCAGAGGUGGUGGAAAUAAAACCUGACUUUAAUCUUAUGGUAAGUGAUUAUAUUUUCUAUUUGGAGCUGAAGUUCACAUCUGUUCAAAUUUUAGCAUCAGCAAAACUGCAGCACCAGAUAUGCAGUAGCUAAAUGGAGGUAAGAUCAGAUUGGAGCUCUUAUUAUCCUGAGAAAUGCUAACAUCAGUUUGCUCCAAGAAGAGCUAAAAAACACUAAUAAAAUAUGAGUUAGUCUAUGAGCUGAAAAUGAGUUAACUUGUGAGCUGAAAAUGAGUAAAUCUAUGAGCUGAAAAGGAGUUGGUCGGUAAGCUAAAAAUGAGUUAGUCUGUGAGCUCCAAAGGAGUUAGUCUAUGCGCUAAAAAUGAGGUAACGUGAGCUGCAAAGGAGUCAGUCUAUGAGCUAAAAUGAGUUAGCCUGUGAGCUGUAAAGGAGUUAAUCCAUGAGCUGGAAAGAUGUUCGUCUAUAAACCAUGAUGAAUUAGUCUGUGAGCUAAAAAUGAGUGAGUAUAUAAGUUUAAGUUAGGAUACGCGCUAGAGCAUGAGCUUAUUUAUGAGCAUAAGGCUGAGUAUAACAUGAGCAAAUGUAAAAGUUAGUCCAUGAGCCAAGGUAAGAGUUAGUACAUGAACUUAAAUUCUAGAAAUUGAUCUUAAAUAUGAGUUAACAAUUGAUCUUAGAUGUAAGUUUGUAUAUAAGCUAAAGAAUGACUUAGAAUAUGAGCUCAAAUUGAACUAGUAUAAAUGCUUAAACAUGAGUAAGUAUUUGAGCUUAAAAUGAGUUUGUAUAUGAUCUUAAAAAUGAGUCAGUACACAAACUUAAGUGUGAGUUAUAUAAGUAAUGAGUUAAUGAAUAAAUACAUACAAGUGUAAGUUAAUAUAUAACUGAAGUAUGAGUUAGUUUAUGAUCUGUUAGGUCUGUUUCUGAGCCAAUUUCUGAGCUAUCAUUAGGGAGUUUAUUAUUAAUGUGUAAUGAACUGAAAGUGAUAUAGUUGCACCUCCUCGCUGGUGACGGCUCUAAAAGUCCCUGCUGGAUACCCUGGGCUGUUAUUACUGCCAAGUGCUUCAGUGGGUUGAUGCAAGGCCUUCUGGGAACUAUAGGAAGUCAUGAACAGCAAAGAAGCAGCAUGAAGUAAAAAGGAAGACAACAUGAGAGAGAAUUCAUAGCUUUUAAUUCCAAAAUAAGAGCUGUGAUGCAUGAUUCAUGGGGAAUUAGCGGUGUGAUUGCUGAGUGCAAGUGGUAGAGUGUUUAACUCUUCGCUUGUAAAAUCAGGCGGCAGCCCGAGAGGCUGUUUGCUCUACAAUAAGCAGCUUAAUUGAUCAGUAGGAGUUCAUUGUAAUGUUGGUCAUAUGUUUGCAUGAUGUGUGGUCAUAAAAACUGCAUUCAGGCAGACUGUAGACUGGGGCUCAUCAGGGGCCCACAUCAUAAUACCUGCCCUGUGAUCCUGCAGUGGGUCAACGCGGCCUCGGAGGGAGAGGUUUUCCUCAGAUGAGUAAAAGCCAGGAACAUGAACAUCAUGUAGUAAAAACAGGUUUAACUUUAUAUGAAUCCUGAUCCAGGUGGAUCAAAGUGAAUCUCUGCAUCAACAUGGGACAGCUGUUCACACCGUGGGGUCAGAGGUCAGAGGGCUUUACAUGAUCCUCAUGUGUUGAGAGCAUCCCUCCUCCCCUUAUCUUACAACAAUAACCAGGAUCCUCAGCCCGACCCAAACUCCAGGAAAAACACACUCGGCCCUCUGAUCUUCCGAGCGGAGGCCUGUGGGUGGUUUGAUUCUGCCGGUGGCUUAGGCCUCAGAGAGUCUUGGUCCUCUGCACAUCUGUCCUGAGUUAGAGAAGAGAGUCCAGCUGUUAGAGCACGGACUCUGUCAGAGUAGAGAUGGUUUGAUCAGUUAGGCUGGAUGUGGGAAGAGUUCCUAAACUCAUACCUGAGGAGGUUCAGAGCUUCUGUGUUUGUUCAUGAUCUGAACACUUUCUCACAGUUCGUCUCUGCUGUUUUAGCAAGUUACCCUCCAGCCACUGUGGAAUCAUAACCUAGAAAAAUACGAGCUUUCCGCAGGAAGAAAUGGGAUGAUUAGAUAACCGGGAUGGGAUAUGAUGUAAUGUUCUCACUGUUUGAAAGUCAUCGUCUCCAACAUGUGACGUGUUCUCACAUGUUCUUUAGACUGACAGCAGAGUUACUGAGCUCCAAACAAGGAGCACAUGUUCAUCAUCUCUGCACAACAAUCCUCCAAAUGUUGACAACUCUUCCUGCUCCAGUAUUCACCACGGCGGCAGCGGCAGAUAGAGGAAUGCAGCACAGAAUGAGUUUUGUGUUCCGGCUGCUCUGCGGUGUCAUUGUUUGGGUUCAGGGCAGCUCCUGUCAGAGAGAUUCAGAGGACGCAGUGACCACAGGGAGUUCUGGCGUUCCUAAAAUAAUCCUAAUUACAGGCUGCAGACAGAUUCUGAUGGGAAAUGGACAAUUUUUCUCCAUAAGGCCACAAAUGUGCAGUUAGGACAGCCGAGCCAAGUUUAGCACAUUCUUUUUGUAUGAACGCGCUUCAGACUGAGCAGGAACAAUACUAGACUCUGGCCUCUUCUCAGACAGUGAGCAGGGAAGUGAUGUUCAGAAAAAUCCAUCUGGAAAUGGUUUCUCUCCUGUUUUUCACCAUGCUUUGACACUGCAAUACAUGUCCUCAUAAAGAAAAAAAAGUCCAACCAUAUUGAUUGUUUAUUUUUUGUUUAUCGUAUGAGCAGAGAAUCAGGACGAUCACAAAGAGAGCAAAGUUUGCCAAGAGGUGCUGCAGCCCUGGAUGGUGAUCUAUCUAUCUGCAUGAUCCAACCAUGCCAAGCAUAAAUAGCAGCCCUAUAAAUACACAGAGUACACAUAAUAAACUAAAUACACCUCAUCUAAUGUUUAACUGUUUACACCAAAUACUCUAAACAAAUAAAUACACCAUAUACCUCGAAAACAUGAAUUCAACACAAUACACCAAGUAAUAAAUACACCAAAUACACAUAAUACACAGAAUACACCCAAUAUAAUGAAAUAUUGCAUAUUCAUGAAAUGCUCUUAACAAAUACAUCAAAUACACUGAAUAUACUGAAUACCAUAUACUGAAUACAUCAGAAACAAUGAAUACACACAAUACACAGAAUACACAAAAGACACAGAAUACACCAAAUACAUUGAACUCACAGAAUACACAUCAAUACAAACACACAGAAUACACCAAAGACAAUAAACUCACAGAAUACUCAUAGAUACAAAUACACUGAAUACACCGAUUACAUUGUUCGCACCACUGAACACACAGAAUAUAACCAAUUCACUGAAUUUACCAAAGUCACAGAGUACACCAAAUACAUUAAACAAAAAAUACACAAGACACAACAAAUACUCUGAACAACAAAUAUACCAAGUACAAGUACACAGUAAACACUGGACACACUGAGUACACCAUGUUCUUUGAGUACACUGAUACACACCUAGUACACUUAGAACACUUUAUAGUCAGUCUGUAUAAAGUUGGGAGUAACCUAAAGUUUUUGUUCACAAUGCUUUUUUUAAAACCCAGCACGAGUUUUAUGUAUUUUGGGAUGUCUUUACUCCAUGAUCAGAUGUUGCUUUCAUGGAAAUGCACCAUUUUACUUAAUUUACCUUUGGAUAUACAUUAAUGUGAACACACCAUUGUUAAAUAUAUGUCAGCAAAAGAUAAUAAGGGCUUAGUUUUAGGGUUGAAAACAUUUGCAAGAGUCACAACUUCAAACGCAAAAAAACAAAUCACAGUUGGAUUAUUCACUUAAACUUUUUGGCUUUGAGAGUCUGCAUACAAAAAUCCUAAUAAAUCUCAACUGCAUUCAAACUACCCCAAGAAUGGCUAGAAAGAAGCAACUGAGUAAAGAAACAAAAGUUCAGAUUUGUACAUUGAGGAAAGAAGGAUACACAGAAAGAGAAAUUGCAAAACGCCUAAAGGUGUUUAACAAAGGAGUCCACUACACUCUGAAGAGACUAGAGUAACCUGGAAGUUAUGAUGAUAGAAAAAGGCCUGGACGAAAGAGAGUUACUACAAAAACAGAGGAUAAACAUAGCAUUGUCACCAGUAAGAGAGAUUGGCAAAAGACAGCACCAAAAAUAAGGGAGGAAAUCAACAUGACAAGGUUGAAACCCAGAUCUCUGACAACUGUGAAAUGACGUUUGAGAAAGGCUAGUCUGAAGGAUUGUGUAUCUGCAAAAAAACACUACUUCGUCCACAGAACAAGAAAAAGAGAUAUGAGUGGGCAAAAGCUCACAAAAAUUGGACUUAUGAUGACUAGAAACAAGUUUGCACUAUUUGGUUCAAAACGCAGAGUGUAUGUCCUCAGACAAACUGGUGAACGUCUGACAGUACCAUGUGUUACACCCACAAUUCAGCAUGAGGUGGUAGUUCCAUGGUAUGGGGAUGUUUUGCAGGUGACAGAGUAGGAGAUUUGUUUGAAGUAAAGGGUAUCAUGAAGAAGGAACAGUACCACUCCAUCCUUCAGCACCAUGCUGUUCCAUCUGGACUCAGACUUGUGGCUCAUAAGUUUGUUUUGCAGCAAGACAAUGACCCUAAGCUCUCUGCCAAGCUCUGUCAGGGUUACCUAGGCAAGAUGGUUUGGCCCCCUCAGUCUCCAGACCUUUCUCCAAUUGAGCUUGUGCGGGAUGAAUUGGAUCGAUCGGUCAGAAAAACGUGUCCCAUGAAUCAGCAGUCUGUUUUUAAUGAACUUAAGAAAGCUUGGAAUGCAAUCCCUGGAACAUACUUUAAAAAACUUGUGGAACAAAUGCCUGGUAUAUGCCAAGCUGUUGGUAAAGCCAGAGGAGGUUACUUUGAAGAAAGCAAAGUCUAAGGAACAAUAACUCAACUACCUAAUAAUUAUAGUCAAAAUGUCUUCUGAUAAGUUACUCUUUACACAAUAGUCAUGUUUAUUGUGUUGCAAAUUAUAUAUAUGAAACUAUGAUCUUUUUUUGUACAAAUCUGAUCUUGCUUCCAAACUUUUGGCCUGUAGUGUAUGUCCACCCAAACUUCAAACUUCUGCCAUAAACCUGUGUCAGUCUGACAGACAUGAAUAACAACAGAUGCAGAGGAUCCUGAAUGAUCCUCCUGGCUCUCUGGAUGCAAAUCAUCUUGUCCUUGAUUUGUAGCUUAACCUUCAUGCAGUAGACAGAGUAGCUCAAUGUAAAGAGUUGUCCUGAUUCAGCUCUUUAAUUUGCUGCUCUGUCAGAAAUACAGCAGCCUCCUUCUGUAACGUUUACACUCUAGAUUCAUGCAUUCCUGUCAGAGUUUCCUCUCGGAUUGAUCCACUCUCUGAUGGAGGAGGGGGCGAUAGCCUCACCCACACAGUGGGGAUAUUAGCUCGGAUUCGGGGGUUUUUGUGCAGCCCUGCUCUCCAAGCUCACAAACACUUAAAACCACUGCUGGCAAAGUAAGCGGUGACGUCAGCUUCUCUGCAGCACAUUUCAGAGCCGAACAUGUGAGCCACACAUGCAGGGCUCGAUUAGAAACAGACUAAAGCAACUCAGAGCUCUCUAUGAACGCUAAGCAGCAGGAGGGUUGACCUCCUGAGUCACUGAGUGAGUGCUGGUCAGGUUACAGGCCACACUCAAUAAUACGCCUCCUCCAAACUACUGUAACACAGCAGUUGGAGUUUCUGAUUUCACUUCCAACUUCCUCUCAGUCGUAAGUCCAGAGGAUCUGUGGUGAAAAGAACAAUCUUGCCCAAAAGAUGGAAAGAAGCUCACUGGGUGGACAUGAAUAAUAAUAAUAAUACAUUUUAUUUAAAAUCGCCUUUCUGAACACCCAAGGACACUGUACAGGGCAUAAAAACACAGUUAAAAACAUAAUUAAAAUAAAUAAAAACAACAUACAAGUGUGAAAGUGGACAGUUAAAGUGAAUAUGCGAUUUGGAAUAGGUGUGUUUUGAGUUUGGAUUUAAAGUGGGGUAGUGAGUCCAUGUUUCUGAGGUCCGGGGGGAGAGAGUUCCAGAGUUUGGGAGCAGAGCGACUGUCCUGACCAGAAUCAACACAUACACAGCUUCCUCUCAUCCUUGUAAAGCCAUGCUGGUCCUUCUGCUGUCUCUUUACAAGCACAUCCAAAAAUAACUUUUAAUAUUUGCAGUAAAAAUUGUACAAAAGUGUUUCCACAUCGUACAGAUGCUCUCAUGACUGUUACAGACAUUAAAAAUUACUGAAUAGAAAAUGUCCAAAUAUGUCUUAUUUGCUUUUAUUUAUAAUAGAAAAUGUCUCAGCUCAUUUUUAUAACCCACAAACUCUCUUUAAAGAUCACUGUUUGGUUACUUAAACAUGAAAGACCUCAUGAUAGAAAACAAAGUGAUGGACAGAUUCAGGAAUUAUUGUGAAAAUGUUUUUUCUAUCGGUUGACCCAAAAAUUACUAUAUCAUGAAAAAGUUAGAUAUUUCCUCAUUUAGACUGUGUAAAUAUAAUCUUGAAACAACUGAGCGUUCCUAUGUGCCACAUACACAGCAUACCCACUUGUGGCGCCCCUGUUGUUGAUCAUUGGGGGCCCCCAGGUGGCCACGGGGCUCUUUAAUUCGCCGUUUAAUUUGCUUAUGCCUUAUGCCGGCACUGAGUCCAAGUAACUUUUAUUAUCUCAGUGUUUCCAGCAGGUCAUUUUACCCAAAAUGCCUCGUGUGUACUUCUCACAGUCAGAAAGUAGUGUCUGAUGGUCCGAUCAAAAGGUCCCCAGAAGAAGAUUUUGUACUUUGUACUGAAAGCUCAACCUUCCUGCUAUACACCUUUUAAAGUAACAGACACCUUCAUAUUUAUGCUCCACCAGCUCAGAGUUUCAUGAACUGUUCACCGCUCCCUUGGUUUUCACCUGUACCUGGAUGUGUCCUGCUGAUCCUGCAGGUGCUGCAUUAGCUCUGAUGAGUUGGACCUAUAUCUGUGACUUUUCACAGGCACUGAUUCAUCGUCCUGAAUGACUCCUUGGUGAUUCUAGGUGUCACUGAAAAGUUUCCACCCUGCCUCCUUCACUGGUUUCUUCAGUGCAUAUAAAACUUAACUGCUGAAGCAAAGCUCAGGUAGCUCGGCCUCCAUGUCAAUAAGCUGCUGCUCCUUGGGUCUCACUUUGUUCUUGGUCUGUGCAAGCUGCAGCCGAGCCAGUACCUGUAAAAACUGUUCUCCUGUACCACAGCUCUUUAGACUUUAGACUUCCACAAACUUACUCAUUUAUUUCAGAACACAAUGCAAAUAAACCCAACAAAGUGAUUUAUAGCUAAUGCCUCCAAGAGUACAUGAGUUAUGUGACUAAUGAUGUUUGUAGGAGACGUGCUGAUGUUUCAUUGUGACUCUGUGUCAGAAUUUUACUGUCUGUUCAGCCUACAGUCCACAUUAAAUGUGAAGGUGUGCUGAUGAAGGUUGGACCAGAAACAUUUCAGCUUUAUAAGGAUCUCAGAGUUUGAUCAGUGUUUAGAGCUGAGGAACACACACACACACACACACACACACACGCGCGCGCGCGCGCGCAGCAGAUCCGAAAUCCGAAAGAAUGUGUGCAGGUUUAACCAUAAAACUAUCAACAUGGAUGGAUGAAUGGAUGGAUGGAUGGUAUUUCUCUAACAGUGACCUUAUAUCAGUCUGUCGGUGACUGUGAGCAUCCAGCUGCCUCCUCUCUCCCCCUGGAGAGCAGAGCCGUCUCCUCCUCCCCCCUCCCUCCCCCUCCUCACGCUCUGCUGUGCUGUAUUCGGGCUUCUCAGUCCGUCCUCAGCAGCGGCGGGGAUGAGUGCAGGGGACUUGGCGGAAACGCAGCGACGCAUUUUUCAGGUAAGAGCGGCUCGUGGCGCGGACACUGACCAUGUCUGACCCAGUUUCUAGCAGGUCUAAGUCGUUUGUUCUCAGGGACUUGUGUGUUCGACAGAGGAGGUGGACAGCCACUCUGGGAGCAGUGGGCUGAGGUGGAGAGUCCGUCUGCUCUGCCUUCCACAUCUCCAGCGUCUCUCCACUCGCAGCCAAGCCGAGCCAGCUGCCUCCCGCCCGGCUGUCCCUGCCUCCUCCGCCGGGAUUAGAGGACUGGGGGCAGGUCUGUGGCUCUUCCAGGACGCAGUUUUAUAGGUCAAAGGGUGCUAGGAAGACUGAGCUCUGGGUUUUUAGGUUAAAGGGUUUUCGGUGGAGCCUGCCUCUGUGUGCGGACGCGCUCAUCUCAUCUGAAGGUUAAAGAUUGGAGCUAACCAGGCUAGCGUUAGCUCCUCUGUAUGGAGCUGAGUGUGUAUGUGAAUGUGUGGAAGAGGCCAAUGUCCCACAAAAUACGCAGCUUCAUACGUUGAACAUCAGGAGUCCAUCUGGGUGUGAAUGGAUUGAGGUGGGGGGCUGCAGAGGGGGCCCCUGGUGCUGUCCGGGUUAAGAUGAACCUCACUGAAAACACAUUUAACUCUUGUUCUAUCAGAACUUAUGGAAAUGCUCCCCCUUUAAUACCCCAUAUCUACAAAGUAGCUGACUGCGAUAGUUGGCGUGAUGGAGUUAUAAGAGAAAGCACUAAAUGACAGUCUGCACAGCAGGUCAUUCAUGAGCCGAAUUACAGCACAGACCUCCCUGAUCCGCGCACUCUGAAAUCCUGUUCAAAUAAGCGUCAACCUGACUCUUGGCGCAGGUAAACCUGAGAAGGACAGAUGUUGCAGGGACUCUGGCCUCUGUCACUGAGCUGUGCGUGUUUGGGGGCCGGUCUUGAUGUAACCUGCGUGGAGAAGAUGGAACCAGCGGGGGCUGCUUCAUGCCAGGCUGUCAAUCAUUUCUUAAGGACGCGGUUUGCGGGUCCGGUAACCGUGCCGCUCCAGGUCCAGCUCGGUGUUCAGUAACACCAAAUGGAAAUGGGCUACAAACGGUUCCUGGCAAACGGUCUGAUGCCAAUAAGCGCUCGCUUUGAUGUUUGCAUGUUGUCACUUUGUCACACCUGCUGUUUGCAUGAUGAUGGCUGCUGCCUGACCUCUCCUCCUCCUCCUCCGUGCAGCCUCCUCCUGCACGCACGGCCACACUAUGUUGCAUGACUACAAACAGCCAUGCUGCUGCUAGUGUGCAGAAAAAAGGUAAAUAUGCCUCCGAUUCAGGUCGGAAUAAUGAACACUGAAUUUAAGAGGUUUUUACAGCAGAGUAAUUUUUAAUAGGCUGUGAAUCUGGAUGGAUGAGACGCUGCUGCUGCUGCUCUGCACUUCGCCUGCACCUCUAAUUAUGUCACAGUGCUGCUUAAUGGCUUUAAUUUUAGACGGUCUGGCACAUAAAACUCUUACUGUCACUUAGAGGCCUCCAGAGGCUGGACUGUCAGAGCCAAGACUUCACCUGAGCCUUCAGGAUCAGGAUCAGGAUCCUGUUUUUCUUUUUCCAUAUAAAUACUGGAGAGGAGAGGGCACUCAGGAUCUAAAAACAUAAUUGUGCAGAUCUUUUUCAUGGUAUACCUCCAGCUCGGCUCCACUCGCCCCUCUUUGAGCUGUGUUAUGGCUACAGGCGGGAUUUCAAGUCCAGCUCACUGUGGAUUUUUGACACUUAAUAACUGUAGAGGAGACAUUCAUGGAGGAGAUUGUAACUGAAUGGAAAGGGACCUUUUAGAGGUUAAUUCAGGGGUGGGCGAUCAUGUGCCAUGGAGGGCCGAGAGGCUGCAGGUUUUCUGUCCAACCCAAAACUCCACCAGGUGAUUUCACUGAUUAGUCCCUGCUCUCUGCUUUAAGGUAAGGUAAUCAGUGAAAUCACCUGGAGCAGUUUUGGGUUCGAAAGAAAACCUGUAGCCUCUCGGCCCUCCAUGGCACAUGAUUGCCUGCCCCUGGGUUAAUUGGACAUGUAUUUACGUUAUUCUUACCUUAUAAGAAUACCUACGGGCUAUUUAAAAAAAAAAUAAAACUGGAUACAGAGAAAUACUGACAUAGUCUGUCAUUUCUGCUCUGCUCCAUGUGCAGCAGACAGUCUGAGUGUAUUCUAAGCUACAGAGCUGAAGGACGUUCUGAGAGACAAUCUGACUUACAAUACUGGCUCUAAGUCACCCCAAUCACUGAGUCUAUUCCCAUGGAUUCAUGCAGGCUGUGAUGGUUAUUUUUUUACAACAAACCGCUGUGAUUUAUAGAUCAGAGAGAAUAAGCCCUCUGACCUGAGCGUCAACUGUCAGCCUGUCUCUGAAACAGACAUAAACCUAAACCUCAGGAAACCCCUUGGUGUCCACUGCUCUGACUUUGUGCUGGUGUGAAGUUUAGCACUUAAACAUGAGACAUGUGGCACUUCUCUGUGAGGGUAAGGGUCAGAGAGGCCUGUGUUUGUCAUUUAAAAUAUCUGUGUGUUUUUUUUACUCUGAAAUGUCUAUAAAGCUUGGUUAUAAAAUGAAUAAUCACAUUGGCGUUUUAUUCUUUUUGAGGUUGAUAAAAAUGUGACAGACUUGUAAUAAAUUAGCUGUCUCAGAGUCUUUGCAGACUUCAGUUCAGUCGUAUUUAAUCAAACCUCUUCAGGACAGACUGGGUGAUCUCAGCAGAUAUUGUCAGUGCUAUCUACAGUGCUGAAGUUGUGAAUUACUUUGCUGGUAUUUAUGGAGGUACCACUGCCCAGCAGUGAGCUAAUCCUCCUUGCAAAGACCUUUCACAGAUCACUGAGCCUGCACCAGGAGCUGUCAGUAAAUGUCAGUACAGACGCAUUUUCUGGACUGUGUGCGAUGGAUUCAGAGAUAACAGCUGAUGAGUUAAAAAGACCAAGAAAUGCUAAAAUCAGCAUUGAUCAGCGUCUUUUUCUGAGUAUUUUAACAGGAAGGGGUGAGACAGAUCUCUGCUGUGUGUGCGUAGGAGUGUUUUUGAGGUGGGUCUUUCACACGUCCCUGAGAUGGGGAUGGUGUGCUAACAGAGUCCAUGCAGAUGUCCUGAGGGGCUGGGCUGUGCUGGGACAGCCAGCAUAUUAAGAGGGAAGGAAAGCAGCUCAUUAAUUCCUUCCAGCAGCAAAGGAAAGGGCUGGUCAGCGAAUCUCGAAGAGGCCCUCCACGGCUCCUAAAUGAGUCAUAGCAGUGCAAAUUUCAGCAGCAGUCCAUGCAGCGCUAAGUCUAGGCUGGAAAACUUCCUGAUGGUGCAGGCAGUCCGGUUCUCCCAGGGCCAGACUCUCCCUUUGCAGUGAUAGCACAGUGUGUGUGUGUGAUCCUGUUGGUUUAGCAGGUUGGACAGAUUAUCUCUCCGUUCACUUUGUCUCUCCUCAGUUUGUUUUCUAGGCCAAGUGCAUCAAGAAAAUUAGUUUUCCUGCCGUGGGGUAGCCGUGGCUGCAGCCUGUGAAAGUCAUCUGAUGUCUGCCCGGUUACAGGGAUCCCCUCAGAGGUCCUGCCUGAUGUCACAUGUGAUGUCAGAGCAGAGGUGACGCAGGCGGGCGGAUGGAGCUCCAGAAAUGUGUGAAGGCUACAGACAUCUGCCAGCAAGCCUUUUAGAGCCAGAGAGCAGGACAGCCAAUCAGAGGGCUGAAACAAAGCACACGCUAAGCCAACGUGUUAUGACAGAGCGGGUGGAUGUUCAUGUGUUUGGCAGAUGGUCCAGCUGCCUGCUCUGUUAUUUCUGUGUUACUGAUUCAGUGCGGAGACUGAGCUCUUCAUAAAACCUGGACUGCUCGUUUCAUACAUUAGACUGUGUAUAAUACAGUAAAAAACACCAUACUUCAAACCGUAUAUAACAUUGUACAUCAAACCCCAUAUAACACUGUAAAAAACACUGUGCAACAGGCAGCAUAAAACACAGUAUAUCGGACCAUAUUAAACACCGUACAUCAGUCUGUAUAUCAGACCUUAUAUAAGACCGUGCAUCAGAUCGUACAUCAGACCGUAUAACACUGAAAAUAACAUUGGCCGUCAGACCGUAUAUCAAACUAUAUAAAACACUGUACUAUAGUCUGUAUAUCAGACCAUAUAUAAGACCAUACAUCAAUUUAUAUAUCAAACUGUAAAAACACUGUACAUCAUACCGUAUAUAACACUGCUAAUAACACUGUACAACAGGCAGUAUAAAACACUGUAUGUCAGACCAUAUUAAAUACUGUUCGUACAUCAGUCUGUAUAUCAGACCAUAUAUAAGACCAUUCAUUAGACCAUACAUUAGACAGUUUAUAAAACCGUAUAUAAUACUGUACAUCUGACAUCAUAUAAGACUGACAUAAGACUCAGUAUGAGACUGUAAAUAAGAUUGUUUAUCUGACAGUACAUUAGAAUAUUUAUCAGACCAUAUAAUAGUCUGUAUAUAGAAUAGAAUAGAAUAUUCCUUUAUUGAUCCCCCAUGGGGGAAAUUUUUUUGUCACAGCAGCAUCACAGACAAAGAGUGCAAAAAUGCAGUUAUAAAAAUAAAGAUCCUAAUAUUAAUAACUUAAAUAAAUGUAAUAAUUAAGAAAAAAUGUAGAAAAAGGAAAAAGGGAGAAGAAAAAUAAAACUAUCUACAAUAUACACAAUUUACACAUACACAAAAAGUGUUGGUGUGUGUCCAGUUAUUAUUACAGUUCAUUGUAAAGUCUUAUUGCAGAAGGGAGGAAUGACCUGCGGUAGCGUUCUGUCUUGCAAAGUGGAAGUCUCAGUCUGCUGCUGAAGGAGCUGCUUAAAGCCCCCACAGUCUGGUGUAGUGGGUGAGAGGGAUUGUCCAUGAUGGAUACAAGCUUUGCUAACAUCCUCCUCUCACCCACCUCCUCCAGGGAGUCCAAAGAACAGUCCAGGACAGAACUGUCCCUCCUGACCAGUCAAUUCAGUCUCUUCCUGUCCCUCUCGGUGCUCCCCGCUCCCCAGCAGACCACUGCAUAGAAAAGUGCAGAUGCUACCACAGAGUCAUAGAAAGUCCUGAGCAGAGUCCUGCAUACUCCAAAGGACCUCAGUCUCCUCAGCAGGUGGAGACGACUUUGGCCCUUCUUGUACAAGAUGUCUGUGUUGGUUGACCAGUCCAGUUUAUUGUUGAGGUGGACACCCAGGAAUCUGUAGGACUCCACCAUCUUGAUGUCCAGACCCUGGAUGUUCACUGGAACAGUCUGAGGUGUCCUCCUCCUGCGGAAAUCCACGACCAUCUCCUUUGUCUUACUGGCGUUGAGCUGGAGGUGGUUUGUGCCACACCAGUUGACAAAGUCAGUGAUGACAGUCCUGUAUUCCCGCUCAUCCCCUGACGAUACACAUCCGACCAUGGCUGUGUCAUCAGAGAACUUCUGGAGGUGACAGCUCCCAGAGUUGUAGCUGAAGUCCGAGGUGUACAGGGUGAAGAGGAAGGGGGAGCGCACUGUCCCCUGUGGAGCCCCCGUGCUGCAGACCACCAUGUCCGAUACACAGUUCUGGAGCCUCACAAACUGUGGUCUGUCGGUGAGGCACGGUCCAUGCAGCUAGGUGACAGUCCACUCCCGCCCUCUCGAGCUUCCCCCUGAGCAGUGAAGGCUGGAUGGUGUUGAAAGCACUGGAGAAGUCAAAAAACAUGACCCUCACAGUGCUGCCAGUGCUCUCCAAGUGGGCCAUGGACCUCUGCAGCAGGUAGAUGACUGCGUCGUCCACCCCGAUGUUUGGCUGGUACGCAAACUGCAGAGGAUCCAGAUGAGAGCUCACCAGGGGGCGGAGGUUCCUCAGCACGAUCCUCUCCAGAGUCUUCAUCAGGUGAGAAGUGAGGGCCACAGGUCUGAAGUGGUUGGGCUCCCUGGGGUGUGCUGUCUUGGGGACAGGAAUCAUGCAGGAAGUCUUCCACAGUGCUGGGACCCUCUCCAGACUCAGGCUCAAGCUGAAGAUGUGCAGUAGCACCUCACAGAGCUGGUCUGCACAGUCCUUCAGGAGUCUGGAGCUGAUGCCGUCAGGACCCGUGGCAUUCCUUGGCUUCAUCUUCCUCAGCUCACUUCUCACCUGGUCAGCUGUUAUGGAGAGGCUGGGGGUGGUGCUGGAGGGGGUGGUGGAGGAUGAGUGGAGGGGGGUUGAUGACGCCAGUGCCAUGGGACUGAGGUGGUGUGAAGAAGAAGCAGCAGACGGGCCAUUGGUUUGAUGAGUCAGGGGAGGAGUGGGAGCAGAGUCAAAUCUAUCGAAGAACAGAUUCAGCUCGUUGGCCCACUCCCUGUCUCCUGCUUCAGGUCCCCUCUCAUGGCCCCUUCUAUGACCUGAGAUGGAUUUCAGGCCUCUCCAGACCUCCCUCGCGUUGUUCUAUUGCAGAAGGUUUUCCAUCUUGGUCUUGUAGCUGGCCUUUCCCUCUCUGAUCUUCUUCUUCAGCUCCUUCUGCACCCUCCUCAGCUCCUCCUUGUCCCCAGAUUUAAAGACCCUCCUCUUCUCCUUCAGGAGGACUUUAAGUUCCGGGGUCACCCAGGGUUUGCUGUUGGAGAAACACUGUACUUUCCUGGUGGGUACGGUGUUCUCAACACAGAAGUUUAUAUAGUCCGUGAUACAGUCUGUCAUGGUGUCGAUGUCAUCACCAUGUGGGCCGCACAGUACAUCCCAGUCUGUGGUCUCAAAACAUAAAAUAUAAUGCUUAUAGACUGUAUACGACGAAAAACUUCAAUCAUUAUAUGGGUUUAAAGUAGGGCUGCACCUAAUGAUUAUUUUUUUAUCGACUAAUCUAACGAUUAUUUUUCAAUUAGCCGACUAAUUUAUCGACUAAUUUGUCGAUUAUUCAAACGAUUAUUUUUUAUUAACCGAUUAGUAUUACAAUAAAUUUCCCCAAAAUAACAAUUAAAAACUUGUCCUUUUAGCACUUAAUUCAAUGAUUUAUUUAAGAAUCUCUUGAAAUCAAACCAAACAAAACAUUUGGGUAAUAAAAUCUGGGAGAUUUUUGAGGCGCCGCACGGGGCAGUUUUGGGGUUACCUUGUAUGGUGAAUAUGAGCUAACUAUGAAAGUAUUUGUAAUUCAAUUACUCAUCCAAAUAAUAUAAGUGAAGCUGCACACUUUUUUUGUUUUGUUUUAAUUCGUUCUGAAAUACACUUAUGGUGCAACUUAAGACACAUCAUCAGUGUUGGCACCUGGGUUCACUGGGUGUUUCGGGUCUUGCAACAGACACCCUCGCCCAGGGGACCCAGCCGGGGUGAUCAAGUCCCGGCUUGUGUCUUAAGAGCAUGUGUCCACGGAUCACCCCGCUUGAUCCACAGCCAUCUGGACGCCUUCUCUGCUGCGUCACAGAUGUUCUUAAUGGCUCGCCUGUUGUGCAGUCCCCCCAUUCCCAGCAUCUUGAGAGCCCUGAUGAGGGACUGGCCAGCGAAUCCUCUGCAUCCGACCUCGAUGGGGUUGCACCGGGUCCUCCAUCCCCUGCUUCGGCAUUCACUUGCCAGCUCCUCAUACUUGGCUUUCUUUCUCUCAAAGGCCUCCUCCAUCCUGUCUUCCCAGGGAACAGUCAACUCCAGCAGGACCACUUGCCUUGUUGUUUCAGACACCAGGACCAUGUCUGGCCUGAGCGUGGUCACUGCGAUGUUCUCCGGGAAUUUGAGCUGUCUCCCUAGGUCGACUUUCAGCUGCCAGUCACGGGCUGUUGCCAGCAGCCCCCCUGCUUGCCUCCUGAGCUGCUGCGGCUUCUCCCCAGCCUUAACGAAGGCGAUGGUCUGCCUUGAUGGUUGUGUGUGUUUGCUGGUGGAGAUGCCUGUGUUGAUGGCCUCCGCAAUGACCCGUAGCACUUGGUCAUGGCGCCAGCGGUAGCGCCCCUCUCCCAGUGCUCUUGGGCAGCAGCUCAAGAUGUGUUCCAGUGAUCCUGCUCUUUGGCAGAGAGGGCACAGUGGGUUCUCUGCCAAGCCCCAGCGGUGGAGGUUGGAUGGGCUUGGGAGGACGUCGUAGACCGACUGAAUGAGGAACUUGAUCCGGUGAGGCUCAGAGCGCCAUAGCUCUGACCACGAGACCUUCCGGGCAGCUGCCUCCUCCCAACGGGUCCACGCCCCCUGCUGCCGCAUCCCCACUGUCUUGCUGCAGCGGGCUUCCUCCACCCCUGCUCGGACCUCCUCCUGGAUCAGCUGACGCCUUUCCUUCCCCUUGGCCUUGUUAUAUGAAGGUCUCGGGUUGCUCCCAAGUCCUGCCCGUCCGGAUGCCACCGUUCCCACCAGCUCACUGUGCCGCAAGCGGGACUCAGCCUGAUCGACUGCCUCUUGAGCACACCACUUCCUGCCGGUCCUCACUUCUACACCUGCCAAGGAGACUUUGAUGUCACUUGAGUCCCUAUACAGCAGCACCUCUCUUGCACGGGUAACCAUAAACUCCUCCGUCAGACUGCUGAAGGGUAGGUUAAGUUUGUUGCUCUUCCCGUACAAUGCGAUGCUGCUGAGGCUUUGUGGUAGGCCCAGCCACUUCCGCAAGAAAGAGCUGACCUUCCUCUCGAAGCACUCGACGGUGGUCACAGGCACAUUAUAAACCAGCAGUGGCCAGAGAAGUCGAGGUAGGAUGCCAUGUUGGUAAAUCCAGGCUUUGAACUUGCCUGGUAGCCCCGACUUAUCCACUGCCGUCAGCCAGGUUCCCAACUCCUCUGAUGUUGCUUGGAGUGCUGUGGUGUCCUUCAAGGUGCAGUCGUAGAUCUUGCCCAGGCUCUUAACUGGCUUUUCACCCACAGAUGGAAUCAGGGUAUCUCCUAUUGAGAAGCGAAACUUCUCUGCGACCUUCCCCUUUCUCACCACCAGGGACCUGGAUUUGGCUGGCUUGAAGUUCAUCCGGGCCCAGCUGACGAGAUGUUCCAGGCCUUGGAGGAUCCAUCUACAGCCCGGGACAGAUGUUGUAGUCACCGUCAGAUCAUCCAUAAAUGCUCUGAUGGGGGGCUGUCGCGUACCUGAGUUGGUGAGUGGUCCUCUGCACUCCACCUCUGCUGACUUCACCAGCAUAUUCAUGGCCAAGGAAAACAGUACCACAGAAAUGGUGCAUCCUGUGAUAAUGCCCUUCUCAAGCCGAUGGAAUGCAGAUGUUACUGUUCUGGAAGUGACUCUCAAACUGAAGCAGCUGUAGUAGUCCAGUAUGAGGUCCUUGAUCUUGCCUGGAACAUGGUGUCGGUCGAGCGAGAUUUCCACCAGCUUGUGUGGCAUGGACCCGUAGGCGUUGGCAAGGUCGAGCCAAAGGACUGCCAGAUCUCCUCUGCCUUCUCUUGCUUCCCGGAUCAGCUGGGUGACAACUCCUGUAUGCUCGAUGCAUCCUGGGACCUUUGGGACUCCUCCCUUCUGCACAGAGGUGUCGAUGUAAGUGUUCCUCAGGAGGAACUCCAUCAAGCGCCGGGCAACGAUGCUUAAGAAAAUCUUGCCCUCGACGCUGAGGAGUGAGAUGAUCCUGAAUUGCUCGAUGGUGGUUGAGCUCUCCUCCUUUGGAAUCCAGACGCCCUCUGCAUGUCUCCACUGCUGGGCCACCUUCCCCCUUCUCCAGAUGACCCGGAGGAUUGACCAUAGUCGCUUCAAGAGUCUGGGGCAUCUCUUGUAGACCACAUAUGGCACUCCACUGGGGCCUGGUGCUGACUUGGACCUAGCUGCCUUGACAACCUCCUCAACUUCUCUCAAAGUUGGCUCCUUGGUGUUAAAUGCCGAGGUGGGUUCUGGCGGAGUUAUCAGGGUUCUGCAUGGCCCAAGAUCUUCUUCUCUUGCACUAUCGCUGUAGGUGGUAUUGAGGUACUUGUUAACCUCGUCUUCAGUGCAGGCAAGGUGGCCACUUCUUUUCUGCCCGAGGAUUUUCUUGGUGAAGCCAAAGGGAUUUGAGAUGAAGGCUGCACGUCUCCUGGCCCUCUCUCUACCCCUUCUCCUAUGCCACUCUGCUCGACGGAGGAUGAUGAGCCUUUUCCUUAUUGUGCUGCGGAGCUCUGCCAGCCCGGCCUUCUCUUCCUCCCUUGCCACCUUAAACUGUCGUCCAAGCAGUUUAAGUUCCUGCCGCAGCUGGCUGAUCUUUACCUCCCGUCUGUUUGGCUCCCCUGGGCAUCUGGUUGGCUCCCCUGGGUGUCUGGUUGGCUGUUGUUCCUUUAUGCCGAACCUUUCAGCACCGAUGUUGAUGAUCAUCGCCGACAUUGACAGCAAUCUCUGGUCUGCAUCUCCCCUUGCAGUAGCGUCAAGGACUCGGUCCACGUCUUCAUCAAAUUGGAGCCACUCUCUUUCUUUGUUGGCUGCAGGCCACACGACCCGUCGAUGUUCUGAAUGCUUGAAACGAGGUAGGACUUGUGGGGCGUGGAGGGUCUGGGCACUGUGGGUUGACUCCUGGCCGGGCACCUCCUGCGUCUCACCAGGUUCUGGACCUGUGCGUUGCACCACCUGCUUCCCCGUCAAGCAUCUCAUUUUGGUCUGGUGGAUCUUCAGACCACGCGGGUUCUUGCAGACCUUGCCGCAUGGACAGACUGCGCUCGUAGUCAUUUUUCCGUUCCGCUUCGUUGCCUGUUUGUCAGUCCUGUUGGGGUGCUCAUCCUCCCCCCCUCUCGGGCACCCCUGGGGGUAUAUUUCGUCAGGGCUUUUCGUAGCGUGCUUGUGGGUGCUCCCUCACAGGAGCUGCAGUUUUGGUUGCUGGCCCUCCCUGCCCCGGUUACUGUCUUUCCAGUUGUCAGCUGACUCUCCAGCAGUCACCAUACUGUUCAUGGUCGUCAUCCGGCCUAUUCCCGGAGGUCACUGGCAUGGCCAGAUCAACUAGUUCUGAAAUACACUUAUGGUGCAACUUAAGACACAUCAUCAGUGUUGGCACCUGGGUUCACUGGGUGUUUCGGGUCUUGCAACAGACACCCUCGCCCAGGGGACCCAGCCGGGGUGAUCAAGUCCCGGCUUGUGUCUUAAGAGCAUGUGUCCACGGAUCACCCCGCUUGAUCCACAGCCAUCUGGACGCCUUCUCUGCUGCGUCACAGAUGUUCUUAAUGGCUCGCCUGUUGUGCAGUCCCCCCAUUCCCAGCAUCUUGAGAGCCCUGAUGAGGGACUGGCCAGCGAAUCCUCUGCAUCCGACCUCGAUGGGGUUGCACCGGGUCCUCCAUCCCCUGCUUCGGCAUUCACUUGCCAGCUCCUCAUACUUGGCUUUCUUUCUCUCAAAGGCCUCCUCCAUCCUGUCUUCCCAGGGAACAGUCAACUCCAGCAGGACCACUUGCCUUGUUGUUUCAGACACCAGGACCAUGUCUGGCCUGAGCGUGGUCACUGCGAUGUUCUCCGGGAAUUUGAGCUGUCUCCCUAGGUCGACUUUCAGCUGCCAGUCACGGGCUGUUGCCAGCAGCCCCCCUGCUUGCCUCCUGAGCUGCUGCGGCUUCUCCCCAGCCUUAACGAAGGCGAUGGUCUGCCUUGAUGGUUGUGUGUGUUUGCUGGUGGAGAUGCCUGUGUUGAUGGCCUCCGCAAUGACCCGUAGCACUUGGUCAUGGCGCCAGCGGUAGCGCCCUCUCCCAGUGCUCUUGGGCAGCAGCUCAAGAUGUGUUCCAGUGAUCCUGCUCUUUGGCAGAGAGGGCACAGUGGGUUCUCAGCCAAGCCCCAGCGGUGGAGGUUGGAUGGGCUUGGGAGGACGUCGUAGACCGACUGAAUGAGGAACUUGAUCCGGUGAGGCUCAGAGCGCCAUAGCUCUGACCACGAGACCUUCCGGGCAGCUGCCUCCUCCCAACGGGUCCACGCCCCCUGCUGCCGCAUCCCCACUGUCUUGCUGCAGCGGGCUUCCUCCACCCCUGCUCGGACCUCCUCCUGGAUCAGCUGACGCCUUUCCUUCCCCUUGGCCUUGUUAUAUGAAGGUCUCGGGUUGCUCCCAAGUCCUGCCCGUCCGGAUGCCACCGUUCCCACCAGCUCACUGUGCCGCAAGCGGGACUCAGCCUGAUCGACUGCCUCUUGAGCACACCACUUCCUGCCGGUCCUCACUUCUACACCUGCCAAGGAGACUUUGAUGUCACUUGAGUCCCUAUACAGCAGCACCUCUCUUGCACGGGUAACCAUAAACUCCUCCGUCAGACUGCUGAAGGGUAGGUUAAGUUUGUUGCUCUUCCCGUACAAUGCGAUGCUGCUGAGGCUUUGUGGUAGGCCCAGCCACUUCCGCAAGAAAGAGCUGACCUUCCUCUCGAAGCACUCGACGGUGGUCACAGGCACAUUAUAAACCAGCAGUGGCCAGAGAAGUCGAGGUAGGAUGCCAUGUUGGUAAAUCCAGGCUUUGAACUUGCCUGGUAGCCCCGACUUAUCCACUGCCGUCAGCCAGGUUCCCAACUCCUCUGAUGUUGCUUGGAGUGCUGUGGUGUCCUUCAAGGUCAACAACAAUAACAACAAUGUUUAACAAUAACAAAUGGUAAUAAAAAAAAUAAUAGCUACGAUAUGCCUCGAACUUAUUUAGUCUACUAAUAUAUGGUGUUAAAGUCCUCAUAUGUUUUACAUGCUCCCCAUAUGAGGCUCUCUGAACAUCUGUGCAUGGAAUACAGCACUCUUUUAUCUAAGGCUGCCCUGAACGCAUCACUCCGAGACGGUGCGUUGACUUUCAACGUAAAUAUUAUAUCUCACGUUUGUUUCCCUUUCAUUAAAGGGCUCAUUUUGUAACAAACACUGUUUAAAUAUAGUUUAUGGCUUAAACUGACCUGAAUCAUCCCAAACUGUAAAGUAUCAAUAAGAGUAUAAAGUAUCAAUCCAGUGCCUGUGAGGCUCAGCAGAAACACAGGACAAACUUCGGUUGUCUGGAAACCUGGCAACUUUGGACAAAUAUAGUGAUCUGAUUUAUGAAUGAACGUGGACCAUCAAACCACGGGAGAUUCAGGGGAGAAAUGACAAUACGGGAGGUGGGCGGGAGAUAGGUCUGAAAUACGGGAGAGUAAUGGGAAAAACAGGAGUGUCUGCAGGUAUGGUAACAGUAUGUGCAGUGGAGCUCGUGUGCGCUGAGUAUUAGCAUUAGCGAGCUAUUGUCGGCGAUCACACAGCUGAUUAAUAAGCAAGUUAUGGGACAAAUAAAAGUACAAAAAGUGAUGCUUCAACUCCAAACUAACUGCUUUAAGUGAAUAAAUUACAUAUGGAAUGCAGGGUGUAUGAUGCAGCGUCCACUGUGGCGUUUGCUGCACCAGCUGUGUGUUAUUUGAUUCACAGGUCACUGUAUGUCCCCUUAAAUGAAAGCAGUGAGAUCUUGGAAAUGUGAAAGAGGAAGCCAGGAAGAACACAUGCAUUGAUUAAGAAGAGCUGCUUGUAGGUCAAGUUAAAGUAGGGUUUUAAAUCAAUCUCAUUGGGUGGAGCUUGUUUGCCGUCCAUGUCUUCACAGUUACCUGAAGUAGGUAUUUCCGGGAUGCUGAUACAUAGGAGUCCGAGGUAGAACUAUGUAAGAUAAAAACUUUUUUUUUUUAGGUGUGGCAGCUUUUACUUAGCUGUGGUGGUGCGCCACGAUCAAUUGCAUGUAGGGGAAACCCUGGACUGUAAGUUGCACAGUAUGUCAGACUGUAUAUUAGACUGUACACCAGACCAUGUACCAGACAGUAUAUCAGACCAUAUAUAGGACUGUACAGCAGUUAGAACGUCAAAAUAGCAGUGAGCUCACAAUCUAAGAGAACAGUUUCUAUGUGAGCCACAUCACUGUCACAAUUAUCCUAACACCCAACAGCUGCUUUAGAAAGACCUGAUACCUCAGAGUGGGACUGCUGUCAUAUUGGACUGAUGUUAUUUGUGGGUUUUGGCCUGUCAAACAUACAUGUUUGUUUACAUGUAAAAAUGUAUCUGUAUUUUUCUUUCAGAUGAUCAGUGGGGAUAAAACCAUAAAGUGAAUAAAUCUGGAAGCAGAGCUUCAGGCAGAAAAAUAUGUCAUGUUAGUUUUUUGGAGCGUACUGCAAUUUUGUCUUUGUUGUGCUUUUAACACACUAAAGUUCAGUGUGUUCAAAGCACAACAUAUUCAGCGACUGAACAGUAAUCGGUUGACAAAAAGUCUCUAUGACACAAUUAUAACUGUAGAGAAAAGUCACUGUUCAGUGAAUUGAUGGUAAUGUAGAGGACAUUUAGUGGGUAUACUCCAUCUUUUUAAGGAAACCUAGGCCAGUCAUCCAAGUAUAUUUUCAGCUGAGUGUUUUAGUAUGACUUCUAUCGCUUUACAUUUUCUGUUGUUUUUCGUAAGUUCUUUUAUUUUUAUAAUCCAUCUGCUGAUUAAACAAACAAUCAGAGUCAAUCUACAGAGAAGCAACUGAAACCCUGAGGAAUAAUGGCUGACAGAGACAGCUCUGACUUCUCUUCCGAAAAAUUGAUUAUUUUUAUGCAUUAGUUAUAUUUAGUCAUAAGGUUUUGCUCUGAGAGCUUCCUGUCCUUUUUUACUUUUACUUGAAACGCCUAAAGCUUGAGGCAGAGAGAGCACACCCUACCCUUUUUUUCAUGUAUAUAAAAAAAGCCAAGGCAGGAGGAGAUUAGCACAAACCUCAGGGUACAAAACAAAGCAGCAUCAGUGGCAAGCCCUGUAAUGCUGGCAAAAUCAGACAUAAAAAGGGGGAGCUGGGGUGGAGGCAGGGAGAGCAGCAGGAAAGGGUUUUGUAGAGGAAGCAGGAAGAGUAGGCAGCCUAAAGAUGUUAGAGUAGAGCAUAUAUCAUCUAGGGCUAGGCGAUAAAACAUAAUAUAUUGAAAAUUAAUUUCCCUGGAUAUCGAUAUAAGACAUGGUCGAUAUGCUUUUCAGUGGUCGGCAUUCUGCCAUGUUUUAGUAGACUAUAUGAACAGCCAAUGAAAAAAAGGGGUUGCUCCGGGUCUGUUUCGCGCUUAACCAAUUCUGCUGAAUUAGAACCAAGUAGCAAUCAACUGCAUGGUAGCAGGCUGCAGCUACACACAGCCAUAGCACUUUAACACGUGAAGCCGACAGCACUGUUGGUGAGAAGAAAAUAAAAAGAGUGCUACCCCCGGCAGAAAUGCAGAUGAAGGCUCAACAAAUGACAUCAUUGUCAACAACACUGGCACGAAAACGUUGGUGAUGUGGAGGUAUUUUGUUUUUUUGAGGUCGGACAUGAAGCAGAGCAAUGUGCACUGUAAAUUAUGUCCAGUACAUGUUCUUGCAAAGUCAGGGAAUACCUCAAAUCUUUUUCAUCAACUGAAGCAGUGCCACGCGGCAGAGCACACGCAAUGCAAAAGGUUACAAACCUUGAGCAGAGUAAGGAACCCAUGGCGCCUGUGCAGCCGAAACAGCCGACCAUUCAGUCUGUUUUCUCUAGUGCAACGCUUUACGACAAAAUAUUUAAGAGACACAAAGACCUCACAGAUGUAGUAGCUUAUUGUAUUUUAAAAGACAUGCUACCAAUAAGAGUACCAGGAAACAUUUAAGAUUGACAAGUGAUUUUUUUAAUCUAGUGAUAUAUGAAGCAUAGCGGUAGUUCAAGCAGGACAAGGAGUCAAGCUAAAGAGCUAAGGUGAUUGCCCUUUACACAUCCUAUUGGCUGAUGUCAAAAUGGCGCCCUUUUUAAAGUGCUUUUCCUGCCUACUCUGCCUGCUGCAACCACUCUGCAACCCCCCUCCACCCCAGCUCCUCCUGUUUAUGUUGUGUCUGAUUUUACCAGUGUCGUAUUGUCACUAAUGCUUGCUCUGUUCUUUGGGGGGAUUUCAAUGUAUUCAUCUUAAUUAGUGAUGCACGAUAUGAAAAAUUUCAACCGAUACCGAUAACCGAUAAUUUUCUUCUUCUCAUGGCCGAUACCGAUAACCGAUAAAUUCAUAUUUUUACAUUUAUUAUAAUCUUCAUAUAAUCUGCAGUUUGUGCAGGAUGCAGCGAUUGAAAACUGAUGUUUUUGUUGCUCUGGCCUAUCUAGAACAACAAACAAAAGUUUUUGGCUCUUCAAAUGUGGUCAUUUGCUAUAAAUAACAAUAACAGAGCAAAAAGCAGAACUUCAUUUGAUCCCCUGAACUGUUCAACAGAACUGUAAACUGUAAAGGAGCUAUUAUGAGACGUUAGGAUUAGCAUGCUGACCGGACUAACAUCUGACGUCCAUAUGUCUGUGGUAAAACUCACGUGUAGUCCGUUCUUGUCGAUCAGGUUGUGAAUGUAUGUGGCGACAAUAUCAUAGAGUGCAGGAAGAGACACAUCCGAGAAGAAGUGGCGGCUUGGGAGAGUGUAACGUGGCUCCAAGUGUGCUAUUAACUUACGAAAACCCGGGUUCUCAACGACGGAAAAAGGCUGGUCGUCGACCGCUAUGAACUCCAUCACUUUGUCGUUAAUGGCUUUAGCCUUUUCGCUGUCUCUUGAGAAGCUUUUACAGUUUUUAAACACCUGCUGAAUGGGGACAUCGAUCCUCCGUAGUGUUGUUGUCUUAGCUUUAGUACCGCUAGCAGCUUCGGCAGCUGUCUCAUAUUCUUUUACUACCGCUUCGCCGCGAUGGCGACUUUUCAGAUGAGCUAUCAGAUUCGUUGUGUUAAUACUUGACGUCUUCUUUCCUCCUCUCGGAAUCCUCGCUGAACAGGUUUUGCAUAUAGCAAUGCUGUUGUCAUCUUCUGCCACUGAGAGAAACGACCAUGCUGGUGAAGACAUUUUAUUAUCUGUCAGGUAGUGACGGGGUCAGGCUUGGGACCUGCGAGUAAGGCGCGAUAGAUGACGUUACCAGCGCGUCUCGGACGGGCGGCUACUCCGCCUGCAAACGUUACUCGUAAUUUCAUUAAUAUAUCGGAUCUUUCUAUCGGAAAAAUGCACCUAUCGGACCGAUAAAAAAUGACGUAAUUUCCCCCCAAAUCGGCCGAUAUUUUAUCGGUCCGAUAAAUAUCGUGCAUCCCUAAUCCUAAUCGUAUUUAUUUGCUGCUGCUUCCUCUGCCUUGGCUUUUCAUGUAUGCACAUGAAAGGAAGGGGAAGAGCUCUCCCCUCCUAUAGCCCCGGCAUUCCUUGCAAGCGCAUGGAAGGGCAGGGAACUCUCAGAACAGAGCCAUACCACCAAUGUAAAAAUGUUUGCUUGUAAUAAAUAAUUAAUUUUGACUAAAGUGAUCCUGACUGAACUACAUUAACUGAUAUAAAAAAUAUAUGGUGAUAAAUUUUUUACCAAAUUGCCCAGCCCUAUAUUCACCUUUGAGAAUUGGAUGUGAGGAAGGUUUCCAAAUGAGCUGUCGGCUGGUAUAGGCUGGAGUUGAUGUACCGUGGUGGAGCGUGACCCUAGCGUCCUGCCUGAACUAACACUCUUACGUUUUAUUAAAGCUUUCCAGUCCAGUCAGCUCUCUGUCUGAUCAAACCUCCUCCUCUUCAGUUUGUAUCAGAGACAGGUGUGCGCUCAGGUGUAUAUUCUGCCGGAGACACUGUGGGGUAGAGAUAAGGACUCACCUUUCACCUCUGUUAUUCACUGUCACUUUGUUAAGCAUGAUCACUCAGCACUGACAGCAGGAAAAACAGGAAUUUGUUUUGUCACACUAUCAGCUCACAGUAAUCAGAUGCAUAUGUUUUUUGUUGCUAAUACCAAUAACCAGUAAAAAGCUGCUCCUGAUGCAGACCAGAUGGUUACAAAUGUGGGUAUGUGCUGAGCAAAGAUUUAUACUCUUAUUCUUAUUUUAUUUCUGACUCACAUCUCUGUUGGCACAUUGAACAAAGACCUCACACUUAAGAUUUCUUUUUUGAUUCAAUGAAUGAAGUGAAAAAAGACAAAAUAAGUUAGCUUAUCAGCUGAUGAGAGAGUUUGGAUGAAACGCUUUGACCAACAUGUCCGACCAAUAAAGAGAAAUAAACUGCCAUCAAACCUGAGAUUAGACAUGUCAGCAAAUAAACCAGGUAGCUUUCAGAAAGUAAAGCACAUCCCUGACUGACAGUCAUAUCCUUAGUCUAAAUCCAGCUGCUAGGCCUCAGACUGAGCACGCUUAUACCUAAAGAGGUCCGUCUGUCCACAUGUGGUUAACCUUCAGACGUUGGUGUGGAACAGGCUGAGAGCAGAGAUCACAUCAAACAGGAAGACUUCUGCAGAGACUCAGGAUCAUCAGGUUCCGUUUAGUCUUGUCCGUUCCUGAUGACCUUCCUGCAGUUUGAAAUCCUGCUGAGCCAGCAUUAUGGCAAAUGCUUUGCAGUGGUGCUAAUACUGGCAAUAGCUACUGCUGUGUCCUAUUUUCUAAAAAACUUUUAUUUUAUUGCAAUUAUGACUUUCCAGGUGAACUUAAGAAGCUGUUUUGGUAAUAUUCUCUGAAUAUUUGCAGCACGUUUUGUUGGUUGCAAAGAUAUGACCUCUGAAACUAAGGCUGUGUCUCUUUUCAGAGACCACAUCAGGAUAAGUGCGCUCAAGCACUGCCGUUAUGUGGACUGGAGUACCCUGAGUGAGAUGGUCCGUUUUUUGUGAAAUGGGCCAGCCUACCUUUCAGGAGGACUUCCUGGUUGAGUCGCCAAAUGUCCCCACCCUCAGGCUCGAGUCACGACUGACCUGAAGAAAAGCCGCGGAGCACAGCAUUUAUUUUUUAAUUGUGCGACCUCGCACAGACACAAAACAGUAGAUACAUACAAGCACAGAUCAUUUCCACAAAAUUAAUCCAAUGAUUGCAUGUUUUGUAUGAAGGAGUAUGAGGGCCAUAUAGAGAAUUUUUUUAAAGACUUCGAGAUUAAAGUUGUGAAUUUAUAAGAAUAAAGUCAUUAAUUUAUGAAAAUAAAGUCAUAAGGUUACCUGUUAUUUCAAAGGAGAGAUGUUUAUAUUAGAGCCAUGAAGCAUUUAAAGGAACUGUGCUUCAGUAUAGGUUUCACAAACAAGGAGAUACUUCAUCCUUUGGCACAUCAGCAUCACAUCGUCACAAGUAUAAAGACUUAAAAAGAAUAUAUGAGAAGUACGUCUUUUCCACAGGGAAAAAAAACAGGUGCACUUGAAGGAAAUCGCUGCUUUUGUGGAGGCAGAAAUGGAUAUGCAGAGGAUAUAUCUGUCAAUGUAGCCGUAAAUAUCCGUGAAUGACAUUGAGCUUAAGUUUAUGAUAUGAAUCCAUAUGCCAUGAUAAGGUGUUGGUGUCUCUGCAGGUGUAGGCUACCGCCGGUGUCAGAGACGUGGUGCUCGUCGGAGCUCGACUCCCUCUGGAUCACAAAUGUUGAUCAUCAUCAGUUGGAUUGUUUCUUCAGAAACCACAAAAACUCUCUGAAUGACCCACUGAUACAUCCACCAAUAACCCUGCAGUUGACCAGCUCCAGUCAUUUCCCCCUCCACAAAAGCAGCUUUAUGACUUUAUUUACUUAAUGACUUUAUUAUCCCAAGUUUACAACUUUAAUCUCUAAGUCUAAAAAAAAAAAAAAAAAAACUGGAGGUGUCAAUGAUCCUCUGCUGUAGUUUUGGCAGCUUUCUUAUUUCUAAUGGUUUUGAUUGUGGUAGCAGAGCGAAUCAGUUCGUCUCUAAAUACUAUAAUGUUUGGUUUUUCAGAUUUUAGUGAGCUCAGAGAUCAUGCUCUCAUACAGCCUGAGCUGACUGUCUGCUGGUUUUGGAUUUCUUGUAUUUUCUUUGAAGACGUGCUGUGUCUCCAAGUGAGUCCAGCCUCUCACCCGAAAUGGGCAGCGGCACUCAAAGAAUUCUGGGAUACCAAGGCCACAAAAGCGUGCAUAAAUGCACGCUUGAAAAACGGGCGGGGGUAGUGUGGUUUUGAGACCGAAUUUGAAGCGCGCUUAGCAUUUCAUGCCAAAUGGGACACCGUUCGCGCCACGUGAUGACAUCGCGCACACUUCAAACGCGUCGUUCGACGGUACAGUCUCUGUAAUGAGACACAGCCACAGAAAAACAGCCACAUAGUGAUGCCAUGUUGGUGAUUGUUUUUCUCAUUGUCUGUGCUGAAUGACAGACUGCAUACUGCCACCUACUAUGUGGAAGUGUAAAGCUUGUCUAAAUGUAAAUAAGGCAACAUUUAUCGGCUGUUUUUAUUUAUUCUAUUUACUGGUCUAUUGUCAUAAAUCUUCAAAUAAAGAAGAGUAGGAUAUUUUAAUUAUAGAUUUUUUUAUUUAGAUACCAGUUUUCAACCUCACUGACCACAGUCUGGGGUCUGUAGUUUGGAGCUUUGGACUGUAAAACACGUUGUCUUUGUAAAAGAAGUUAAAGUUAGAUCGGACCGUCUCUGUUCUAACAGUGGAGGAGGCAUGCAGAGUCUGUCUGAUUAGUUGCUAGCCUGAGUGAGCUAACCCUUUGAUCAGUGUGUUUCUCGCUGAUAAACCAUGCCACCGUCAUCUCCAGUAGGCCUCAGACCCUGAUAGACACUAAUUGCGUUUCUAAGGUGUCCUUAGAAACGCAGCAUGAGGACGAAACGGUUCAGUGCAGGUGAACCUCCUGAGUUUAAGAGCAGAGCUGGAUUACUAUGCCCAAUAACCUCUGCUUUGUGUUUCUCUAAUGAAACGAUAAUCUGAUGUUGGCAUGAGCUGUGUUGUUUUGAAGCAGUCAGCUUGAAUCUUCCUCCUCAAUUCAGCGUUCAAAGGAAAUCUGGUGACGUCAAAUUGUUUCAUGUCAUAUAAACCAAUCUAAGCCUGCGAUACAGAAAAAAGGUCUGAAAUAAAUAACAAAUCUCACACUGUCGGCCUGUGACCACAGUGUGAACCAGCUUUAACGAUCAGCUGUUUCAUGUAAAUGAUCAGCUGUCUCAGUUAAUGAUCAGCUGUUUCAUUUUGAUGAUCAGCUGAUUUAGUUGAAGGAUCCGCUGUUCUAGUUAAACGAUCAGCUCGAUUAGUUAAAGGAUCAAUUGUUUUAUUUUGAUGAUCAGCUGAUUUAGUUGAAGAAUCAACUGUUUCAUGUAAAUGAUCGGCUGAUUCAGUUUAAGAGUCAGCCAAUUUAUUUUGCUAAUGAGUUGAUUUAUACUUCCAUCAGCAAAUUACAUCAACGAUCGACUGUUUCAUUUUAGGGACCAGCUAAUACAGUUUAAGGAUCAGCUGAUUGAGUUAAGGAUAGGCUUUUUUAUUUUUAAGGAUGAGCUGAUUCAGUUUAAGGAUCAGCUAAUGCUUGCUUCAGUUAGCUGAUUGCAUCCAUGAUCAGCUGAUUCAUACCUAAUGUUAUCAGCUGAUUAAUUGUAAUGAUCAUCUUAUUAAUAUUAACGAUCAGCUGGUUCAUAUGAAUGUCUAACUGACUCAUUCAGCGGACCCUGUUGUCACACAAUCUCUCCUGCUGCAUCAGACGCACCUAAAGGUCCUUACACACUGGGAAUGACGCAAAUAUACGACACGAAAAUACGAAAAAUUUGGAGGCGAAUUUUGACACGCCUGACUAUACACAUCAAGCGCGUUGCGAUUUUACGACUUUCUGGGGGGGAAAAAAGAUGCGUCCCGGGUGGAAGCGAGAAGACUGACACAACACCAGACUGACUGUUUUUCAGUUCUGAUUAGACACUAGUGUUGAGAUGGUUGUCUGUCAUGAUAGCAUGUACUGAGUCAGGGCCAGUGCCAGAUAAGCACAUUAAACUAUAAUCCAUAAAAGUAAGGUAACAACUGAGACCUAAUGGUGCUUUGACAGCAACCCGAUUGAGUUUAAGACAGUGAAAAUACAUAUGGUAUGUUGCAUCUGAACAGGUUAGCUUAUGAGCUUAAGUUACUUAGCACAGAUGAAAGUUAAAGCAAAGACACAAAAACCAUUGUCAAAUGAGAAAUCCGACGCUAUGACUCUCCGCAAGUUGUCCUUCAGGUCGUUAUCUUUGUAAUAUUUGUCUUUUAUCAAAAAGCACUCUGUUCUCCAACACGUAAACAAUCAGCCGGUCAGCCAUGUUGGAAAUACCGGUGAAUCUGACGUUGCAACAACACGAAAUCUGAUUGGUCAGUAGUGGACACACAGUAUGCAAAACUUUAGAAAAAUCGAUCAUGAUCCGAACAAAAUAAAUACCGCAAUAUUGCAGGACGGGAAAACGUCGCUGAUGUGAACGCUCCUAUUGACAGGAUACGGGUUCGAAAAAAAUAUUGAUGUCUGAAAUAAUUGCAGGAAAAUAACGUUCCUGGUGUGUAAAGACCUUUAGUCUGUACUUUUUUCAGAACUGAAUGAGAAGCAGACUGUUCUGGGGGUGAUGUGCUAGAGUAUAGUGAAAUAACAAAACCCCUCACUCUCCGCCCAUCCUGCCUUUGAAUCCACUGCCAGUGCUGUCUGACUGUAAUAAGUUUUGGACUGAGGCAAUGUGGUGGGAAUAUCUUUGCAGCCCACAUGCUAUUGUCUGUGUGCUGCCAUUCACAAAAGUAAAGCAACUGUUGCCAUGGGAGAUACUCCACAAAAUAAACAAUUAGGUGUUUUUGGCUAAACCUUUCCACAUUAGCUAAGUGGCUCACAAUGCACCGACUGGCCUGCUGCUGUUUCACCUACAGGAGGGCGUGGAGUCCAGAGAGACUCCAACAUUCAAUAAUAGAUGGUAGAAAUAGGAAUUUGACCUUCAUUGAGGUCACAAUUACAGUUGUGUCAAAGUUAUCAGGAGGUUCUGUUGGACUGUUAAAUACAAAGCCCAGACUCAAUUUCUUCAGGUCUGACACAUCUUCAGAGUUUCUUAGUUUUGUUGUAAUUUGUCCAGCAGCCCCUGGAGCCUCUGUAAAAAGCAUCAGAGAGACAUUUUUAUAUAGUAUGACACUGAUUCACGUCUGCAGGUAAUAUGGCCCCUCCAUGACAAACCUGAAAAAACCUUGACCUAAAACACAGACUGGUCAGAAAAUCAGCUCAGCUCUCAGCCCUGUUUUCCUUUUUUCUUUAAUACGAGUCAAAGAAACAUGACAGGAAGUGACUGUCUGAGGUUUGAGCCACUUUAAUCACCUGAUUUAAAUCUGAAAAUCACUGUAGUCUUAAACAAACUGACAUGCCUCUGCCUUUCUGGUCUUGAUGUGUUCAGGUCUUCUUGGGUAAAUGAAACUCAUAUUCUCCCAUCAUUAUUGGCUUUGUAACCAGGACUCUGUAUGAGCUGUUGUUGUCUGUCUCUCUCUCUCUCUCUUUCUCCCACUCUCUUGCUCUCUCUUUAUCUCUAUCUUCCCCCUCUCUUCCCAGAGGCAGCAGGUAGCUGUCUACCAUGAGUGUGGAUCUGCUCAAGGUUUCUGCCUGUUAAAGAAAACUGCAAAGUGCCAACUCAUGUUGGUUCGAGAUAGGUUAAGAGUGGGUCUUAUCUCUAAAUGGGACUUAUCUGGAGGUUGAGUCUUUGUAUUACAUCAAACAUAGAGCGUGGUCUAGACCGGAGGCCUGUACUACGAAGCUGGAUUUGGUCUUAGCGAGAUAACUUCUGGAUAACUUCUGGAUUUUCCGUACUACGAAGGUGGAUCUCUUUUUAUCCGGGUCCGUUGCCCCGGUAACUUACGCGGAACGCCAAACCUGCUCCGGAGCAUGUUAUGUUUCAGGAUAAGAUCUCAGCAGGUAUAAAAGACCGCCCAAUGACCAAUCGGAUCUCUUGGAAAAUGGCUUGCCCACUUUUGCCGGAUCCCGGGGACAUCGUUGCGCGGAUAGUGAGAUGAGCGCUUCGCCGAGAGCGUUAUAUUCAUGAUCGUUCAAAUCCGUUUGAUUUACCUGAUGACGUUCUCUAUGAACGUUACAGGUUUUCCUCGGACGGUCUCAAUAUUCAGGUAGCAUGAAGUCUAAGCAAUACACUAAAAUUUGCCAAGCUCCAGGUUCAAAUUUGUUAGUCAUCAUUCAGAAUUCAUUGAAGCAGAUUAGAAAACUCUUAACCCCAAAUGUGUCUGCAGAUGACAUGUGACCAUCAGAUGAUGGAGAGAAAAAAAAGGCAAAUAAAAUCUUUACAAAUAAAAUCUUCCAAUAAACUUACAAACUACUUUAAAGGAUGUUUUUAGAUUUAUUUUUAUUUGCUCCCACAUACUCUUUUCCCCACUGCUGUUGUGUCUGAAAUAAUGAGGUCAGUGAUGGUGGUGAUCACACACGCUGCAUGACAAUAUAUUAGGGGGCCAUAAAUUUAUGAACGCACAAAUGUCAUUUACACAACCGGUGAUUUUUUUUUGCCGGCAGUCCCUCCGGCUUUUAGCGGCUGUGUCUGUCCCACUGUUUAAAUAAAGCUCUGUUCUUCAGCUGUGAAAAAUGACGUGCAGCCUUCUCCAUUGUGGAGAUUGGUCCGGUGGCACUGACCCGACCCCCUUUACGUGUGCGCGCACAGAUCUGAACUGGAUUCAGUUAUCGAGUUGAUAACAGGCUUCGUAGUACAGCUGAUCGGGAUCGCGGAGAUCCGGUGAAGUUGAGCGAGUUGUCGCAGAGUUAUCCUGGAUUUGUUAAUCCAGCUUCGUAGUACAGGCCUCUGCUCUCUUGGAAAGCAUCUGGAGAUAACGAUUGUUUUGAUUUGGCGCCAUAAAGAUAAACAAUGAUUGAUUAAUUGAUUGAGUACAUGUUUUCAGGUCUUCAGUGUUCAGGUCUAUAAUGUUCAGAUCUUUAGUGUUCUAGUCUUAAUGUGUGCAGGUCUAAAGUGUUCUGGCCUUAAUGUGUUCAGGUCUUUCGUGUUCAGCUCUUGAUGUGUUCAGGUCUUUAGUGUUCAGGUUUUUAAUGUUAGGUCUGUAGUGUUCAGGUUUUAAGGUAUUAAGGUCCUUAGGUCUUUAGGUGUUCAUGUAUUUAGGUUUUUCGGUCAUUAAUCCAAUCUUAAUUUCAAUUUAUUUAGGAUAGCCUCUUGAGAUACAGCAUCUUGUUUUCGAGGGUGUCCCUCAGGUCUUCAGGUUUAUUUGCUGUAGUCUCCAGUUUCAGGGUCCCGAACCAGCUAGGCUGUCCCUGAUGGAUGGUGAGGGUCUAAAGGAUGGACAGCUCCUGAGAUAAGUGGCUUAGGCUGAGAGUUACAGUCUACCUGCGCUGGAGGAUGUGGUGCCUUCAGGGUCAGAGUCAGGGUCAAUAAAAUAUAGCUGUCGGUGGUUUUUCCUGAGAUUAGGCGGCUGGCUGCUUUCUCUGGACAAAUGGCCUGACUGGAAACACUUGCUACAUCAUCAUCUCCCCUCCUUCCACAAAAGAACGCACUUCCUGAGGAAGAGGCGGCCCUGGGCUGGAUGCUGUGAUGUCACAAAGAUAAACAGUCUGCAGAUGGUUGUUGGUCUCUGGAUGUGAUGUGCUGUCAUCCCGCAGAAAGCCUUGUGCGUGCACAGCUCCAACACAUGCAGGCCAGAGAGUGGCCAAGUACACACCCACUUGGGUCAGUUGUUUUAUAACCAAGGAGAGUGAAGACAAUGUGGCGUGGAGGUGCGGCUCCUCUAGAGUAUUUUGGGAAGCAGGCCGAUGGUCUUGUUGCUUUCAGGCUCUGUAGUUCUUUUGUUGUGGUGUAUUUAUGCUGGAGCCUGCUAAAUCCAGAUUUGGGGUUGUCUGGAGCGCUUUACUUUCAAAGGGAUGUGCUAUUUUAACACAUCUUUGUUUCCUCUUCAGCAUGACUUAAAGCAACGGUACACUAUUUGUUUUUAUCACUUUGCAGAAAUUCUUCUGUUUUUGUAAAUCCAAACAGCAGAUAUGAUCUUUUUGACAUCCUUAAUGCUCUCUUUAACCUCUGCAUGCAAUCUGGACUAUUUACUUACACCUUCUUGCUCUGCAUUUUAUCCCCUUCAGACUGUUUCCAGGUCUCUGCUCUGCAAUGUCUCCUGCUCAUGCUGUCCCUCUGUUUCUCUUUCCCCCACCUUCCGUCUCCCCACCAUGUCCUCGUCUCAGCUGGGCCAUGAAUAAGGAGCUGACACCAAACUGUCAGCCUGCAGGCCGUCAUGCCCUUGCAGCCUGCCGGGGGUAUAGCCACCAGAAAGAAGGGCACAGCCCCUCCCUUGCAGGGCUAAAAAAAAAGCUGAGAUCUGACUUUAACAAACACGCUUGGGCUCGGACAGAUCACAUGACCUCAGAAGCAGUGGUUUUGCAUGUAUGCAUGAUGUGAAUGAUGUUACUGUAGUUCCGGCUGCUAAAAUAAGUAGGUUGUUGUUAGGGACGUCUGCAGCCCUUAUGUGUUUCCUUUAUUUUUAGCUUUUCUUGCAGCAUACUGUAUGUUCUCCAUAAACUAAACCAUUACCCCCUCUUUGAGUGAGCACUGUCAUUAAAAUGCAGAUCUGCACUUUUUCUCCCCGUUACCAAAUUUAAGCGCCUGUAACACCAGCCUGUUUCGCACAAGGAGGCUUUGUAGUCAAAUACAAUGUUGUUUGUGUUUGGGCGGAUGAAAGCAGAGCAUUGUUGCAGAGCGGUGUUUGAAUCAGAGGUUUUAUUUGAUAUAAAAUGGGUAAUUCUGUUGCAUAACAGCAUUAGCAGUUUUUAAACAGAGCUGGGGCGGGUGGGGGAGGGGACAGGUCACUUUACGGGAGGAAAUCCUCACUUUUACUGAUGAUGGAGCUCAUCCUCAUUUAGUGAUGACACCAGGAGCAAUUGCCUCAGAUUAAAGGUUUAGAGAGAUUAGACAGCAUAUGGCUGUGCAGUUAAGACAGGUUAAUGUGCAUAUAUCAUAACACAGUGAAUUAUCAUAUUAAUGGACUGAGCCUCUGACCUGAAGCUCAUUUAAUCAAGCUCUUCCUGCUGGAGGGGGGGCUCCAUCUGCAGGAAAGAGACUUGUGUUAUGUGGGGUCCUGCUGAUGAGUUUAUCCAGAGAUCAGACACAGAAAGACAUAAAGAAACUGGAGGAAGGAGAAAGGUCCCAGUGCUGCUGUAGGAGCGGAGUUGCAGGUGGCAGGGACGGGGUUAAGGUAUAGCUCGGGGUGCCUCCGUCCCCCUCUAAAAUGUAAUAUACACCCCCAAAAUCCUAAACUUUGACAGGCGACUUGCCCUAUCAUCUUUUGGCUGAGACUGAGAGUACUGUGUGCAGUCUCAAUUCAAGCAAUUGAAGCUUCAUUAUUGUCAGUUUCUUUGAGAACAUACACGGGAAAAAAUACAGAUAACCUACGAAAAAUACAAAAUAAAUGUAAUCUAUAUAUUUUUUUAUUUUUGUGUCUUCACCUUACUUUGUAACUCGGCAUAACGUAUUUUCAACUGUGAAGUACACUACUCCGUGUGUUUGAGCACGUAUUAAUUCCAAAUAUUAAGGACUGUGUCAUGCUUUUCACAUUUACAACAAAAACUGCGAAGUUACAAAGUUUGGUGUCCAGACUACAUGAAUGCAAAGUUAGGAAUCACGAGGUGAACUUCUUAUGUAUAAUCUUAGAAAAUAGAUGUAAACUAUUAAUAUCUCAAUAAACAGACAAAGGAUGCCCCCUGGACGCCUUGCUGGUGAGGCGUUCAGGGCGCAUCCCAAUGGUAGGAGACCGCGCGGAAUACCCAGGACACGCUGGAGAGACUGUGUCUCACAGCUGGCCUGGGAGCGCCUCUGGGUCCCCCGGGAAGAACUGAACAAAGUGGCUGGGGCGAGGGAAGCUUCUCUGCUCAGGCUGCUGCCCCUGUGACUUGACCCCGGAUAAGCGGUUGAAGAUGGAUGGAUGGAGUUUAUGUGGGAGAUUUACUAAAAUCCUGACGAAUUAUAAAAUUAUAGACUCUCCUUACUGAGCCUCGGCAAAGCAGACUGGCCUGCCUUUGACAGCGUGUGAAGUGACACCCACAGUGGAGUGUGGUAACAAUAGACACAAUAUACAUAUAUAUACUACAGGCCAAAAUUUUGGACGCAAGAUCAGAUUUGUACAAAAAAGAUCAUAGUUUCAUUAAUAUAAUUUGCAACACAAUAAACACGACUAUUGUGUAAAGAGUAACUUAUCGGAAGACAUUUUGACUAUAAUUAUUAGGUAUUUGAGUUAUUGUUGCUUACACUUUGCUUUCUUUAAAGUAACCUCCUCUGGCUUUAACAACAGCUUGGCAUAUAUACCAGGCAUUCGUUCCACAAGUUUUUAAAGGUAUGUUCCAGGGAUUGCAUUCCAAGCUUUCUUAAGUUUAUUCAAAAGAGACUGCUGAUUCGUGGGACGUGUUUUUCUGACCGAUCGAUUUAAUUCAUCCUGCACAAGCUCAAUUGGAGAAAGGUCUGGAGACUGAGGGGGCCAAACCGUCUUUUGAAGAACACCUUCCUCUUUUUUUUUUGUCUAGGUAACCCUGACAGAGCUUGGCAGAGUGCUUGGGGUCAUUGUGUUGCUGCAAAACAAACUUAUGAGCCACAAGUCUGAGUCCAGAUGGAACAGCAUGAUGCUGGAGGAUGGAGUGGUACUGUUCCUUCUUCAUGAUACCCUUUUUCAUCAAACAAAUCUCCUACUCCAUCACCUGCAAAACAUCCCCAUACCAUGGAACUACCACCUCCAUGUUGAAUUGUGGGUGUAACACAUGGUGCUGUCAGACGUUCACCAGUUUGUCUGCGGACAUACACUCUGCGUUUUGAACCAAACAGUUCAAACUUGCUUUCAACUUGUUUCUUGUCAUCAUAAGUCCAAUUUUUGUGAGCUUUUGCCCACUCAUAUCUCUUUUUCUUGUUCUGUGGACGAAGUAGUGUUUUUUUUUUUGCAGAUACACAACCCUUCAGACACGCCUUUCUCAAACUUCAUAUCACAGUUGUCAGAGAUAUGGGUUUCGACCUUGUCAUGUUGAUUUCCUCCCUUAUUUUUGGUGCUGUCUUUUGCCGAUCUCUCUUUCUGGUGGCAAUAAUAUGUUUAUCCUCUGCUUUUGUGGUAACUCUCUUUCGUCCAGGUCUUUUUCUAUCAUCAUAACUUCCAGGUUUCUCUAGUCUCUUCAGAGUGUAGUGGACUCCUUUGUUAAACACCUUUAGGCGUUUUGCAAUUUCUCUUUCUAUGUAUCCUUCUUUCCUCAAUGUACAAAUCUGUACUUUUGUGUCUUUACUCGGUUGCUUCUUUCUAGCCAUUUCCGCAGCAGUAUGAAAGUAGUUGAGAUUUAUUAGGAGUUUUGUAUGCAGACUCUCAAAAGCCAAAAAGUUGAAGUGAAAAAUCCAACUGUGAUUCGUUUUUUUGCCUUUCCACUGAAGUUGUGACUCUUGCAAAUGUUUUCAACCCUAAAACUAAGCCCUUACUAUCUUUUGAUGACAUAUUUUUAGCAAUGGUCUGUUAACAUCAAUGUAUAUCUAAAGUUAAAUGGAGUAAAAUGGUGCAUUUCCAUGAAAGCAACAUCUGAUCAUGGAGUAAAAACAUCCCAAAAUACAUAAAACUCAUGCUGGAUUUAAAAAAAAAGCAUUGUGAACAAAAACUUGAAGUUACUACCAACUGUUUGGCCUGUAAUGACCUUGCUUCCAAACUUUUGGCCUGUAGUGUAUAUAUAUAUAUAUAUAUAUAUAUAUAUAUAUAUAUAUAUAUAUAUAUUUACAUACAGUGCCUUGAAAAAUUCUUCAUACCCCUUGAACCUUUUCACAUUUUGUCACUCUACAACCACAAAAGUAUUUUAUUGAGUUUUUUUGUCAUAGACCAACACAAAGUAGCACAUAAUUGUGAAGCUGAAUGAAAAUGAUACAUGGUUUUCAAAAAUUUAGGCAAAUAAAAAUCUGAAAAGUGUGGUGUGCAUUUGUAUUCAGCGCCCCUGUGUCAAUACUUUGUAGAGCCACCUUUCACUGCAAUUACAGCUGCAAGUCUUUUGGGGUAUGUCUCUACAAGCUUUGCACAUCUAGAGACUGAAAUUUUUGCCCAUUCUUCUAUGCAAAAUAGCUCAAGCUCAGCUAGAUUGGAUGGAGACCGUCUUUGAACAGCAAUUUUCAAGUCUUGCCACAGAUGCUCAGUGGGAUUUAGGUCUGGACUUUGACUUGGCUGUUCUAACACAUGAAUAUUCUUUGAUCUAAACCAUUCCGUUGUAGGUCUGACUGUGUGUUUAGGGUCAUUGUCUUGCUGGAAGGUGAAUCUCUUUCCCAGUCUCAAGUCUUUAGCAGCCUCCAACAGGGUUUCUUCCAGGAUUGCCCUGUAUUUAGCUCCAUCCAUCCUCCCAUCAACUCUGACCAGCUUCCCUGUCCCUGCUGAAGAAAAGCAUCCCCACAGCAUGAGGCUGCCACCACCAUGUUUCACAGUGGGGAUGGUGGUGUGUUCAGGGUGAUUAGCAGUGUUACUUUUCCGCCACUCAUAGCACUUUGCAUUCAGGCCAAAAAGUUCAACUUUGGUCUCAUCUGACCAGAGCACCUUCUUCCAUAUGUUUGCUGUGUCCCCUACAUGGCUUGUAGCAAACUGCAAACAGAAUUUUUUAUGUUUUUCUGUCAACAGUGGCUUUCUUCUUUCCACUCUUCCAUAAAGGCCAGAUUUGUGGAGUACAUAACUUAAAGUUGUCCUGUGGACAGGUUCUCCCACCUGAGCUGUGGAUUUCUGCAGCUCCUCCAGAGUGACCAUGGGCCUCUUGACUGCCUCUCUCACCAGUGCUCUCCUUGCUUGGUCUGUCAGUUUAGGUGGACAGCCAUGUCUUAGUAGGUUAGCAGUUGUGGCAUACUUAUUCCAUUUUUGGAUGAUGGAUUGAGCGGUGUUCCUUGAGAUGUUCAAAGCUUUGGAUAUUUUUUUCAUAACCUAACCCUGCUUUAAAGGGGACCUGCCAUCAAAAUGUAAUUUUGUGUGUUUUUUGUGUCAGAUAAGGUCCAUAUUAUAUUCGUCUUAUGUUGUAAAUGUGAAAACAAACCGUUACGUCGUUUGCAUUCUGUAAAGGUUUAAAAUAAAGGAACGGGUAAACCAGGCCAAUUGAAAAAGCAGGUCCCUCUGACGUCGCGCUGACCUUGCUCAUUAUUAUUCACGAGUGCGUCCUCGGUGAGCCGUGCCCACUCUCUCGUUCUCGUUCAGAGCGAGACGCAGCUACCACUGUAUCCGCUAUGGGUCUCUUCCAAACGACCGGUGUUUCCUUGGGUUCACUGCCGGGAAAAUGAACUUAAAGCUGGGCAGAAUGAAUGAGAAAACACCGCUGGAGAUCUCUGGCUUCUUCUUCAACUUCCACCUCCUCUUCAGACUCGGGGUCUAAAAUAUAUGGUUUAAUACCUGCCAUUUUUAGCCUUUAGCAUAAGGUGACCAGACGUCCCCGAUUUCCGGGGACAGUCCCCGUAUUGGAUGACCUGUCCCCGGCAAAAGCUGUCCCCGAAAAUGUCCCCGAUUUAAGCGUUUCAUGAAUGAGAGCAAAAAUGUUGCGUGUGGGCUCGAAGAACGGUUAUUACAGUAGCCGAAUAGGUAGGAAGCACAAGUUAGCAGUCCUGAACAACAGUUUUUAAGGGGUUAUUACAAGGGGCAUGCGCUGCUACUAAAUAGUACAGAGAUUUUGUCUGUGAUCACACAGCCCCUACAGCCCCUGCACCCGCCACCGCCGCUGAAAGCACAGAAUAUCCCCAGAUAUCAUUACAGACAUCUGGGCACCUUACUUUAGCACACAUUAGCAAAAUGGAUAAACCGAAAUCUGAACCUCCACUGCUGAGCCAAUCAGAGCACAGCAGGCUUCACAGCAGCGAUCCAGUCAGAGCAAAGCUCAUUACCAUAAAUGUUAAUGAGCCAAAAUCAGUUGGUUUUCCUGUAAGGUUUUUUAGGCAUACUAAAACAAACCUUCAAAUAACUUUUCAGCUAAAAUUAUGUUGCAAACAUGAUCAGAGGACAUCAAGGAUUAUGAAAAAAUGAUAAAAAUGGGUAUGAAAUUUUGAUGGCAGGUCCCCUUUAAACUUCUCCACAACUUUUUUCCCUGACCUGUCUGGUGAGUUACUUGGUCUCCAUGAUGCUCUUUGUUGACUAGUGUUCUCUGACAAAGCACUAAGGCCUUCACAAAACAGUUGUUUUAAGGUACUUAUUAGGUGACUUCUGAAGGCAAUUGAUUGCACUGCAUUUUAUUUAGGGGUAUCAGAGUACAGGGGGCUGAAUACAAAUGCACACCACACUUUUCAGAUUUGUAUUUGUUUACAUUUUUGAAAACCAUGUAUCAUUUUCAUUCCACUUCACAAUUAUGUGCUACUUUGUGCUGGUCUAUGACAAAAAAUCUCAAUAAAAUACUUUUAAGUUUGUGGUUGUAGAGUGACAAAAUGUGAAAAAGUUCAAGGGGUAUGAAUACAUAUACAUAUACACGAAGAAGUAGAGAGAGAAAGACCAUUACUUUCAUGAGGUACCUAAGAAUCGUAUCUCCAGCCCAUAUGUGAGUCUUCAAAUAAAAGAAUUAUAUCACUUCAAAUGUUUGCUCUGUUUAUGACUCUCAAACUUCAUCACAGGCAUGAAGAGGUAUGAAGCUGAACAUAACAUUAAUUCCAGAUUACCAGCCACCUUCACCUGCAGCACACCUUCACCGUUGUCAAAGUCUCAAAUACAGCCAGUUAAGUAUUAGAGGAAGAAAACAGUCAAUAUUCUCACAGAAACACCAAUAAUUGUGAAUGUCUAAUUUCUGGGAUUCUGUUGGUCUCCAUAUUUAAUACUACAGACUGCUCCUUUAAAACUGCUGCGUCAUCCCUGGUGUGAAUAUUUUGUAGAGGUUGUUUCAUAUAUACGUUGUUUUAGCUAAAGCACUCAGAAUUCUUAGUUUACACUCAUGGCGGCUCGAACACACAGGCUGUAGACAACAGAAGAGCAGACAUUAACAAUGACCUCUAGAGCUCCCCCUGGUGACCAACAGAAGUACAGGUCCUACAGCCUACCUCCAUGAUAAGAGAUGAAACAUGAGGCAGACUGUAAGAUCAAAAUACACACCUCAUAAUAUUUGAAUGUGGGUGUAGUUAGUUCUUAUGACGCAGAUUCAUGUCAAAGUGUGUGAUAGACAGCUCUGUUGGCCAAUCAUGCAGGACGUCACAUUAACAUACAGUCACUUAUGUUGUCCUUUAAAGCUGAUACCUGUGUCUGUGACCCCGUGGGCUGGUUUGCCUCAUUAAAGCAAAGAAAAAUGAAGGUUAUAUUUGAUAGAAAAAAUUGUCUGUAACUCCUGAACCUGUGCCCGUCGUCAAUGGGAAUAAGUUACUAUAAAUCUGAGAUCUUAGCUUCCAUUUCGCUGACAUUUACAGCAUUUCAGUCACACUGUGACUUAUUGAUCACAGAGUCUGGCCUGCUGCCCAACACCAGUUCAGCUGCAGUUCAUGAAAUAAAGUCAGGGCCCAUUUCUGCAUGUUCAGGUCUGCAUGCCCAACUGGAAGCACCUGAAGCUACAAAAAAUUUGUUCCUUUGUCCCUAAAGAACCAGCCUCUACUUUGUUUUAAUCACUCAUAAAAAUGGGAGAGUUAUACCCAACAAAAGUAUUAACUGGGUAAGCGCCAAGAGUCAAUCCUCUGAAACUAACGGGUUUAAGGUUUUAAAUGAAAAAGAUAAUCGUAUUAUGGAGCCAGACAUACAAAGAGAGCCACAUUUCACGCUUAUGGAUCCCCAUAAUCACCCGGUACGCUAUCCUAAGGUUCAGGUAUUAGGAAAGAAGGAGGGAGGGCACAAGAAAGAGGGAAGGGCACAGGGAAGGAAAGAAAGAGGGGUAUGAUGCUGCCCUCUGAGUCACUAUUCUUUCAUAAAUGUAUUUUCCAUCUCUGUGGGACGAUCAUGGCUAAACAAAUGCUAAGAAGCAAAACAAAUGCUAAUCUGUUUGCAGCUGAAUACAUUUUGUGGAGGCUGUGUCAGCCGUCUGUUCUUCAGAAACAGAAAACAGCAAUUUGGCGGUGCCAUUAACCAAUCAUAGUGUGAUUGGCUUUUAAACUGUCUGAGCAGCGUUUGAUUCUGGCAGCAGGCUCACGCUGCUGUUCCUGGAUGCCGUUUCUUAUUAAGGACAGCCAGGUUGUUGGCAGGCUGUUUGCUGGAAAGGCUGAAUGAGUGGGCUGCAGUAGCAUCUGUCCUGUUGACAAGGCGGCAAGUGAGCGGGCGAGCGAGCAGGGCUUCAUCAGGGGGUAACAUCAGGAGCAACCCAGGCAACACUACUGUACGGCCUCAUUAGUCCUUGAUACCAUGAAGAUGCUUGUCUUUGUUUAUCAUCAGCACUGACUGACUGUGGUCCUUGCUAAUGUUUCAGCAGCAUCUCCAGUAAACUGUUUAAACUAUGGCAGACUGUAUCAAAUCUUAAAUUUGUUCUCAGGGUCCAACUUCAAAGUCUCAUAGUGUUUUGUCCUAGCAGUGAAAUUCCUGUCAUCAGAAGCAUUCUCUGCGAUAGCAGCACAUCGUCAUUCGACGCUCUCUUUCACUUCUCUCAUUCAGGUGCAUGCAUCGCAUCCCUCAGGUGAUGCAUCUUUACUCUCUGAGGCAGCAAUCGUCUAUCAGGGUUUUGUCCAAGGUUACUUUUUAAGCAUGUAGAGGACAAAGAUUGAUUUGUACACAGGGCACCAGCGAACACAAACUGCAGGAUCCUCAUAAGAGCUUUAGGGUCAACAUUUUUGUAUAGUUAGGGGUGUGAAUGACUAGAUUGACAGGUGGACACAAUGUAGCUGUUGGUGAAGGGGCAGAAAGCCCUCCUCAGCUGCUUUAAAACUUGGCUUCAGGAACUGAUUGUUGUGUAUCCAUGUUCUUACAGGAUGUGGUGUUACUGUGAGGCCCAGGCUAAUGACAUAAAAGGUGAGCCUGAGUUAAAGGUCUCAGGCUGGCUGACCAUCAGCACUGGAUGUCCUCCACUAGGGCUGAACGGUUUUGGAGAAUAAUCUAAUUGCAAAUUUUUUUUCUCAAUACUGCAAUUUAAUAUGCAUAUUUUUCAAGGUCCUCUUCUAAUGUAUUUUUAAACAAACAACAAAAAAUUAAUUCAAAAUGUAUCAUAGUAAACAAUAUCAGUUUAAUUAUGAAUUAAUUGUUCUUCCUGGCAAUUAUCAUUUCACACACGCAGACUUUCUGAGCUCAGACACUAUCACGCACACAUACGCACGCGCCCUCAUAUACAUCAUGAUACUAAUCUACAAUGUAAUCGGUGCCCAAAACACUGGAGUCUGGUCUAUUCAUUCAGCUAUACUGCCAUCACCGUAUUGGAUGCUUUUUCCGUCAUUAUGUGGACGUGGUUUAAGGUUAAGGUAAUCGUUGCUGGUGUUUUACACAUUUAACUAUCGUACAUGGCUUUGUUGCUUUUUUUAAAGUGUUGAUAAAGUUUUGUAGUUUUACCUGCUUGUGUAGCAACAGUAGCACGACAGGUUCUGCACAUGUGGCGCAGCAGCAUCUUUUUUUGCCAAAAUAAAUCCACACAACUGCCCCUCUUUAGUGUUAAACUUAACGCAGUGUCAGCUUCUAUAGCCAAAUUAGGCUGUAGCGCCACAGAGUGCAGUGAAGACUACUUUCUCUCUCUCUACCUGCUCUGCUUUGCUUCGCUUGCUUGCAAGUCACGUGACCAGUCAAAAUCGCAGCCUUUGUGGCUGGAAAUUGCGUUUUAUCUUAUGGUGAUAUAAUCGCAAAUACAAUUAAUCAUUCAGCCCUAUCCUCCACUGAUGACGGAGAUGUGAUUUAUCUGCAGACUCCGUUUCAAACUGAGUACAGGUGUGAUCUACAGACAGCACAGAAAUAAUCAUUUUCCUCAAAGACUUGGUCUUUUUUUACAUUUUAUCCCUGAUUUAAACUUAAAACUUAAACUUAAACUUUAAACUAAAGCUGCUAGGAUCUGGAGGACAGUGUAAACUAACCGAUGCAUGGACUUAAGAGGAGAUCCUUGUGGUGUUGCAGCCUGUAAACUCUGUUUAUAGCUGGAUCUCACUCUCUCUCAGACAUCCUGUUUCAGACUCUUACCCAUCAGAAUAAACUGUCAUAAAGCCACACAAAACUCUUAUGAUUAGCUGUUUCCCAUUGUCUCAGUCCCAGUCACGUUGUUUUACAUCUUAGCUGUAUAAUUUACCGGCUGAAGGCUUUCUGACAGCUUGUGAGCUUAAGUAAGCGGUAAGUUGGCUCACAGCCCCCGAAGCCCUGCCGCUGAGCGUGGAGACUCUGAAUCUUUAAUGCGAAACUGUGUUAAACACUGUUUUCACCAGUUUUAAUUACUGGCCCCUCUUGUUAUGUAGCACAGGAGACCUCUGAGGGAACUCCAACUUUCACUUCGCAACCCCAAAACAAGCUGGAAACCCUGACACAGGCUAAGCUAGUACUAGCACCAGCUUGGUUAGUAGCUCCGUCUUACAUAGUGAAGAGCUGCGGUGAAAGAUAUUUCAUAUGAAAUAAUACAAAUUUACUUUUGAAAUGACUGUGCAUCCUUGUUCAGGAGGGAGAAACAGAUGGCAUUAAACAGUAAAUUUGAGCUGAACAAUGAUUGACCCUGAGUCCUCUUCUCUGAUGAGAUAGGGAGUAGAUUUACCCUGAAAAUAACUGAUGAAGGCCUUCAAACAGCUGCCUAGGCUUUCAGCUCUGUUUGACUAAAACAGAGCAGAGGGCUCGCUGUAUUGACGGUUUAGUCCCUUUUAGACCUAAUACAGUGUGUUUUAUGUUCAUGUCAGCUCAUGUUUCUCUAGGGGAUCUGGAAAUGAAAGUUGAAGGUUUGUAGUGUGCUCUGAAUUUUUUAGGGCUGAAGGCUGAAAACAUGAGUUCACCCUUUAACAAGAACAAGAAAAAAUACUUUAGGAGGACGAGGAGCGGAGGGGGUGGUGUUGGGGGGGUCCAUGUCUCUUUGUACAUGCUAAACUUAAGCUGGUAAACUGUGAGCAGCUAUUAGCAGCUGUUAGCAGAUGUUAGCCACUGUUGGCAGCUGUAAGCAGAUAUAAGCAGAUGUUAGCAGCUGUUAGCAGUUGUAAGCAGAUGUUAGCAGUUGUAAGCAGAUGUUAGCAGCUGUUAGCAGCUGUAAGCAGAUGUUAGCAGUUGUUAGUAGCUGUUAGCACCUGUCAGCAGCUGAUAGCAGCUAAUAGGAGCUCAUAGCUGUAUGCAUAUGUCUGCAGCUGAUUGAAACUGUGAGCAGCUGUUGCAGCUGUAAGCAGUUGUUAGCAGCUGAUAGCAGCCUUACCGGCUGUCAGCUGUUACUUGACAGUCAGCUAUAAACUGGCAUUUCUGGGCAGCUUCCUUAGACUCUCUAAGUCGACGUGUUUGUUUGACAGACUGGUGUCUCUGUAGCCAUCCUCUGUGGUUCUUGUUGUGUUGAUACCACAGUCUCUCAGAUAUCUGGAAACAGGGUUGUUGCUAGGAUGCGGGGGGUGGGGGUGGGGGGUUGUUUUUUUGUGGCUGCUCAGAAUUUGGUUCAGGUUUUUUUUGUUGUUUCCUCUUCCAAACUGUCUACACGGGUUGAGACCCUUGACAUAAAUGGAUACGGUGGUGAGGAUAAAGGUUUUACUGCCACCUCCUUUUCUGCAGCCCUGCUCAUGUCUCUUCAUGUCGUCCCUCUCUUUUCUUUCUCCCCAGUGAUGGCCUCAGUGGCGCAGCUCUGCCGGUGAUCCUGCCGCUGCACGUCAGAAAGACGAGCAAGAGAGUAAGCGAGCUGCCUCUCUGGCUGAAAACAAGACCAGAAAAAAAGCAGAGAAGAAAAGAAAGAAAACACCAGCAGAAACAAAUGCCAUCAUGUACAGUGUGGAGGACCUCCUCAUCUCUCAUGGAUACAAGCUGCCCAAGCAUACCAACACACCCUCAUCCACCCCGACCCCAGUCCCCCUAUCCUCCACCCGACAGCCCCCCUCUUCCUCGCCACCAUCGUACAGCAAACAUCACGAAAUCCUGGAGAACAUGCCGGGCCCCAGGACAAUUAAUGGCUUUGAAAGAGGGCCUGGGGUGACCUACGGGAAUGGCGGCGGACCCAGGCAGCCCCAAGCGUACAUCGGUGGCGGCUGUCCCAGCAACAACAACGAACCCAGGGACAGGAGCCAGUCCAGGCGGGAGGGUGAAAACAGGAGCCAGAUUGACACCCACUCACUGGGAGAGUCACUGACCUCCGACAGCGGGUAAGAUGGUGUCUGCUGGCCCUGUGUCUGUCUGUUUGCAUGUUCUAAACUCUUUAACCCUGUCUAACCCUUCCUGAUGGAGAUCGCACAUGUAAAAUCCUCCAUCAAAAAACUGCUUAAGUGGAGCAGAUUAAUGACAUUUAAUAACUCAUCAAGAAGAGCUGCUCUGGGAUUCGGUGGCACGUCUUAAAUGAAUCUGCCUCACGCCGCCACUCGUUCCCUCCUGCCAUCUCUCUCUGCUGCUUCUGUUUCCCCCUGUGACUAACUUCCUCUCAUUUCAUUCUCUUUCCUCCUCUCUUCUCCACUUCCCAAUCAAGUCCUGUGCAUGGAGGAGGAUAAUGCGUGCUGGAGUCUUAAUCUGCCACAUGGGACCUUGGAGUUGUAAUCAAAACAGCUUUGGGCAAACCUAUGUGCAUCCUUCUGAGCAUGCCCAGUCUUUUUUUCAGGUUGCCAUGUUUAUCAGGAUACCCCCUUCCGCAUUCCACCCACAGACAUUUUUACAUUAAAGUAACUUGCCCAGUGAGUCACAGGAACCUACCUUCAGCAUGACGUGUGUUCAGCCCAUCAAUAAAACAGGACUCAUAUAGGGCUGAUUUAAAUAUGUAUAUGGAGGAAAGGCUAUAUUUAGACCGCUCUGCAGUUAUGUAAUUGAAACCCUCUCGGGUAGGGACUGCUAGAGCGUUUGAUAUUUCCAGAGAUAUCAGCAGGCUGCAGCCAAUCUGUUUCAUCCUGAAAACAGGAUUGUUUGGUUUGCCUAUUUGCAUCAGUACUGGGGUUGGUGUGCUGUAACUGAGACAAAGUCAAUACAGCUGUUCCCAUGUCCACACAAUUAGGCAGGCUCAUCAGGAUUUCUCCCUUUUCCUUACAUUUUGUUUGGCUGACUCCCCUCUUUUUUUUUUUUUUUUUUUUACCUCUAAUCCCUUUUUGCCACCAGCCAGUGACUGAGCGUCUCAAAAUAGGCUGAUGACCUUGAGUAAUGUCAGCCGUUCUGCUGGUGCUUUUUUGAUUUUUGGUAAUCUGCAUUUUCAUGUCGCUGCUCUGCUACUGUUAUCAGAGUAUUCUGCUGGGAAUAUGGGAAUCACUAAGACAUAUGUUUUCUGAUUUCAGUCUGUUGUUUGUUCAUCCUUCUUUUCUCCUGUCCAAAUCCGUUUUGCCUGGCAGUUUUAGUUUCAAUAAGGAAGGGGCCUAUCAUGGUACUCCCAUCAGGCAGUGCUACUUAGAUCCAAUUAGACUAAUGAUGGUAGCUCAUCUUACAUGAGAUGCCCACAAAUUUAGCCGAUUGGCUUGGCUGGCCCCUCCUCCCCAGGCAAAUGUCCGUGGUCAGUGAUGAUGGUGGAUGAAAAUGUCAAGGACGCUCCGUGACCUCAGCCUGGAGGGGGUGUGCACAUGUGCUCACGCCUUGUUUGCAUUGUCAGUCAGUCAGUCAGCCAUUCAGUCAGUCUCUGAGACUGAGGCUUAAUGCAGAGGCCCACAGCAUCAGUAGAGCAUCCUCUCAGAGCGCAUGCCUCCCUGAACACUGCCUGUGUGAUAUGCUGCUCAUUGUCUCAGAUUAGGAGCUUGAAUGGAGUGCAGAGACAGGCUGUCGAUAAAUCGACCUCUAAAUUGUUCCGCUCUCUUAGAGGACAUCUGGGACAAACAGACACAGGGUGUCAUUGUGUGAUGUGUUCAUUACAGCCCAUAGAAAAUCAUAACAACCAGACAUCACGUUACCUCUGAUGGUCAUCUGUCUCCAUCUAGUGGGAGAUGCUUUGUAUGAGCCUUUCCACAUCGUACACCAAACUGCAGGCCCAACAAUUUGUUAUACUUAUCCUUUGGACUGGAGCUAUUUAUGGACUUUUGAUGGCCCUGAAAAAUACAGUUUGAAAGACUUUGUUGCUUUACUGUUUAAAAAUAUUCACAAGUUGCUGAAUCUUUUCCAGUAUGUAGACUCUACCACAGUGCAUGGUCACAUAGUAAACCCAGAGCCUGGUGAUAAAUGGGAUUUAUCAAAUGGUGCUGGGUCAGUGGGCUGUGAUUUUAUUUUUGCUUUAGCUGUGUUAAUUACAUUAUUGACCUCCUAAAGUCCAUAAUGAUGCAACAGCUCUCUUCAGGUAGAGCUAAAAUGUCUGAGUGGUGGCAUGGACCACAGCUCAAAGGAAAGUGUUUCUGUUCUGUUCACCCAACUUUGAGCCACAGACUGACCACUGUUAGCUUUGACCAAGACUAAACUAAACAAAACUAAACUAAUGGCUGAAAAAUUACUUGAUAGGUGUACUAAACGGAAGCCUGCAGUUGAGAGGCUCGUCAAACAGCAUCCUGAGAACAGCUGCUGAGGGUGGCCAUUAAUGGUGAAAAUGUAGAUAUUUAUUUUGUAUCCACAUCCCCGAGCCUUAAAAUGAGCUGUGGACCACAAGGUCAUGAUAAUUAUAGUGACGAUGACAUAAUAUCAUAAUUAAAAUGACAUAUUAUUGUGUGACAUUAUGCUCAAAUAAAGCAGUUUCUGGAUCGCACCCUUACAGGCCACACUCUUAGGAGGCUUAAACUGCCUCCUUUAUCACCUCUGUAGAGUCUGGUUCAGACACUAUAUAACUACCCAACAAAUGACUCAGAGAAGCAGACUGACACCAUCAUCGUCUCUCUCCUCUCAGGUUCUGUGAUGCCACCAGAGGUCCUCAGCCACAGUCCAAGGAUGUGACCUACUGGAGAAGAAAAGGGCAGGACUUCACAGUACUGCUGGACUAUGCGGAUUUCAGAGAAACCCAUGGAGGAGGGCAGGGGGGUUACAGCAGGCCAGAGGGUCCUCAACAAGCAAGAGGCCAGGAGUUGUCUGCCGAGGAUCGCCAGAGGUUGGCUCAGGAGAGGCAGCGCUGGGCAGCCCAGGCCCAGGGGCAGGCCCAGGCUCAGGUCCAGGCCCAGGCUCGCUCCCGAGAGAGGGAAGCUGCUCUGCAUCAGUGGAGGAUGGUCAAUGAGAGGAAGUGCCAGAGCCUUGGGACAGAUGACUGGCGCCCAGCUGUUAAUUUUGCCCGCCAGCUGUCACAGAGUGAGGGUGAGCGCUGGGCUCAGGAGCAGCAACGGCUCCAUGCCAGGACACCAGAGGGUAUGGUAGUCCACCCCAGGACCAAAGCCAAAUCUCAGUCCCUCCCUCGGAUGGUGCAGCCUGAGAACCUGCAGUAUGUCGACAUAGCUUCAUCCGGCCAGGAGCUGUACAGGCGGGUCAAUGGCCAACCACUGUCACAUCAUGACCUUUAUCGGGCACCUCGCUGGCCAGAAAAUGGCAGGCCAGCUAGUGCCAACCAGCUCUCAAUAACACCAAAGCCCCGCUUCACCCGACCCCCGAGACCUCCCUCCUAUGAGAUGCACCAGCAGAUCAGGGGAAGCUGUGAGGUGUUGUCUGGGAGAGACUCUGUGAUUUCCCAGGCCAGGGACAGGACACCACUUCCCAUGUCAAGGACAGGUGACCCCCAACUGGACUAUUUUGCACAAGACUCAAGACCUCCAGGAUACAUCCCUCCCCCAUCAUACAAAAGAGCUCCUAUGAUGGCCGGGGGCCGCCGGGUAUAUGGGGAAAUGACUGCUGAUUACAGGUAUCAUAGUUGUUUUUCUUCCUUUCAUUUAAGAAAUAUGUUGUUUAAUUAUGCUUAUUUAAAAUUUUAUACCAACAACAUGACUGUAUAAAAAUUGUUAGAGGAACAACUAAACAACCAAACAGGUUGUGCUAAAGAGACAACGACCAAAACCAAGACUGCAUGGUUCUGAUCCUCAGACCCUCAGGCAGCGCUGCACUAAAAACAGACAGGAGUCUGGAGUGGGAAUCACUGCAUGGGCUCUAAAUCACUUCUAAAAACCAUUGUCUGUGAACACUGUUGAUCAAAUUUGCAAUAAUUAUGCUCCUUUAGUUUCUUAAGUGAAUGGGGAAAUAUCAUAAAGGUUUCCCUCCAUCACUCAGAUGUUUUUUUAAGUGAACAAAUUCUGGUCUCUCUUAAUGUUAUAAUUAUAUACAGCACUAGAAUAAAGCUAAUCAAUGUUGUUUUCUAUCCUAGAUACAGAGGGGAUAUUUACCAGCAGAUACAUGUGGCUCCAGAUGGAUCUCACUGGUUUGCCAGACAUCCAGCUGGUUCCUGGCCUGACCCCCAAGGUGGGAGGAUCCUGCCUGGCCAGAAGCAGCUUUACCCUGUGUAUACUACCCAGGAGCACCCCGGUGGAGGAAUCCAAUAUAUCCCCUUUGACGACCCACGCAUCCGCCAUAUUUCCUCAGCCCUAGGUGGCAACUCCCUUACGGACGCUGACAAGAUUCGCCACAUCCGCAAUGAGCUUCCCAGUGUCACCGUGUCUGAGCCCACAUCCGAUGACAGUGCCUUCUUGCCCCCACCUUUGGGGCCUUUCAUUGCUGCCAAACUGGCUGAUGAUGCUAACAAGACGUCUUCUAGCGACUUUGACAAUGACAAUAACAGGUGGCACAGUGAUUUGCACAAAGAGACUGUAGAUAACUUCCCAGCAACUGACCAAAACUGCAACACCAGAUAUCCCAAAAACCAACGUCCUCCUCCGUCCCCAUCAUCAGCCUUCCAGGCCCCAUUAGUUAGGAGCUCUUCUCACCUGGGGUCCAGCUCAGAAACUAUCACCCAUGUGAAGAAAAUUGUCCCUGAUUCAGUGCCAGAAAUCAACAGGAACAGUAAAAGAAGAGUGAGCGAGACUAUCUUCUGCCUUGUGUCUGUUCCUGUUCACACACCGACCAUCAUUCACAAAGAUUCAGCAGAUCAGAACAACAAUGAGACAGGAUCAAACCUGACUGUCACAAACACAAACACUUUUGCUGUAGGCCUCAGAGAGAGCCCGAAUAUCCGCAGCAAAUCUGUGAAUGAGGUGCCCAUCAAACCCCACUACUCUCACUUUAACACCAGCAGCACAUCCUCGAUGAGGAACUACAAGAGGGCUCCUCUGAGAAAGGAAAUAAUAGAUGCCUGGGCACUUCAAGACAGGGAAGACAAAGAGCUGUGCUACUCUGGAUCCUGGCCUGGAAACCAGUACCGUAACCAGGAAACCCAGACUGGCUCACCUCUAUCUUUAGUGAAAAGUCCAGAACCCCAGAGUCCUCCUGGUGGACAAGAGCCCAUUCAGUCUGUCCUGGACACAGCUAUGGAGAGUAGCUCCAAUUAUAGCUACCCCAUGACAGGUCAGAAAAACCUCCAUCUCUCCAGCAACAGCGCCUUCUCUCGUCUCAGCCCGACCCAAUCAUCAUCUCAUCAACCCUUACCACCAGAGCUGUCUUCUACUUUGAAGGUCCAAGAUCAGGAGGAUCAGCAUCCAUCAUCUCCCAGGAAGAGCAGCUCCAGUCCAGAAAGUUCAGAGCAAGUGGCCUUUGGACAAUUUCUCUUGAAGCCAGUGAAUCGACGGCCCUGUGAUGUCAUUGGUGAACUUGAGAGCAUAAAUAAGAAGAUGGAAGAUACAAUUAGUAAGAGACCUAACGGGGGUCUUUGUACCAAUGGCUCUGACAGGAUGAAUAAGAGAUUAGACCAGUGUAAACCAGGAGCUCUCUACACUGCCGGUCCAGAACCAGGCAGAGAGGCAAUCAGUCUUCCACCAAUGCACACAGAACCUCCCCCCAGUAUUAAAGCUCGGUCACAGUCCUUGACCUACACCACUGAUCUGGACUCUAUGGAGGUCAAGAGCCCUCUUUUCAGGUUACAGCCCAACAGCAUACCACCAACAAAUGAGCAAACCAAACUCCAAAACCCAGGUCUCAAAGACAGCGCCCACCUGCCAUCUCUAACCCCACAUGAGUCAAACCGUCUCUACAGACAGGACAUCCCAGUUCCUCAAGAGUCCCUGCUGAGAGAUGUUGGACUGACAGUCUACACAGAGACUCCUGGUGGUCCUGGGGAGCCAAUAAAGCGCUCACUUUCAGUCCCCUCCCCACUUGAUCAGGAGUUUAGUCAGUCCGUGCAGCUCUCAUGGAAAAGCAGGACGGCACAAGUUGAAAAUAGUAGUAGCCCUGAGCACAAUUUGAAUAUGGAGCUUCAAGCUGAGACUGAGACUGAAGGAAAUACCAAAUCAGAGAGUGGUCCUCCAUUCAGGGAAGAGGUGAAUUUAAGUAUUUAUAGAACCAGAAGUGAAAGCAGCAGAUCACCUAAGAAAGAGGCUUCACCACAUAUUAGCAGACUGACCAGGGAGGUUUCUUUUCUGCUAGAGAAUGACAACGGUGAUUUGAAAUACGCCAUCUCUGAGCCUCUGACCUAUAAGAAUGAGUCAACCAUAACAGAUAAGCACCUGGAGAACUUACUCAACCAAGAGAAAGCCAAUUCCUUACCUGCAGAGGACCUUAGCAACCUGUACGAGGUCAAAUGCGCAAAAGGUAUCCCAGAGAAUGAGUCCAUCGAGCAACGGGCUGCCCGAAUCCUGGGUAUUGCUGUUCCAGUGGAGUCUUUGGGUGUGACUGACAAAGAGUCAGAAGACAACCUGGCAGAAGAGGACACCACUGUGCAUAAAAGACUGCAAAGUGAAGAUGAAGGGACACAGCAGGUGAUGGGAGAGUGUGUGCAAGUCAAAGAGGAGUCCCAGAAUGAGCAGGGAGCAGAUGACAGAAAGAAGGCCAAGGAAAUGGAACUAGAACCUGGACAUGAAGAUGGAGACAAACAAAAGCACAGCAGCAAUCCCAGUGAUGGUGCAGACAUUAAAGAUAUUGAAGGUCAGUCUAUGAUGGCGCUGGACCUGCCCGAGUUCCCACCGAGUAAGCUCCCCCUGUCCCUGCCUGUUUCCGCCAGUGAGAAGCUAACACUGAGCAUGUGUAAUGUGGAGAAAAAGGGGCAAAGUGGGACAUCAAAAUUAAUUGAAUCUCUGCAAGAGAAGCUAACCUCCUCCAACUCAUCUUCUACCACAUCUCAGGGCAAGUCAACCCCAGAGAGAGCAGCCCGAUUGAAGGAGCUGAACUCAGUAUCUCGAAUACGACGACUCAGCCUCAAAGGUUUAGAGCCUGAGGAAAAGGAAGGAGGCGGAAAGGACAAAAAAGUUCAGAAAGAGAAGGAUGCAACCAGCGAGGACCAAGAAGCUCCGGGCGAGGAGGAUGAAAACAGAGAGGACCACAAAGUUCAGAAAGAGAAGGAUGGAGAUGGACAGGGCGAAGAAGUUCAAGAAGAGAAGGAUGGAGAUGGAGAGGACAGACAAGUUCAGGAAGAGAGGGAUGCAAACAGUGAGGACCAAAAAGCUCAUGAAGAGAAGGAUGGAAACAGAGAGGACCAAAAAGUUCAAGAAGAAACGGAUGGAGAGGACGGACUAGUUCAGGAAGAAAGGGAUGCAAACAGUGAGGACCAAAAAGCUCACGAAGAGAAGGAUGGAAACAGAGAGGACCAAAAAGUUCAAGAAGAAACGGAUGGAGAGGAAGGACUAGUUCAGGAAGAAAGGGAUGCAAACAGUGAGGACCAAAAAGCUCACGAAGAGAGGGAUGGAAACAGAGAGGACCAAAUAGUUCAGGAAGAGAAAGAUGAAGAUAGAGAGGACAGAAAAGUUCAAAAAGAGACAGAUUUAGAAGGAGAGGUCAAAAAAGUUCAGGAAGAAAAGGAUGGAGAUGAAGAGGAUCAAAAAGUUCAGGGAGAGACAAAGGAGGGAGGUGUGGAGCAAAUGAAAAAAGAAGAUGAUCAGAGACUUCAGGAGGAAACAACGAAGGAAGAGGAACACAGAGAUAAAGAUGCACAGGAAACAUCACAUGAUGUCUCAUGUGAACCUCAAGAUUGUAAACCUGAAGAAGAAGCAGAUGAUGAAAUGCAUAAGAAUGAGCAUAGACGAGAGAGAGCGACAGAAGAAAUUAAUGUUGAAACUGCACAAAAAGAAGACAAUGAAGAAAGGAGAGAAGAUUCUGAAUUUAAGACGGGAACAGAGGAGGGUCAAGCAGAACAGAUUCAAGAAAAAGCAGAAGGUGAAGUGAAAAAAGAAACAGAGCUGAUGCAAAAAGCAGAGGAGGCAGAGGAAGAGAUGAAGAUGAAAACUCUGGAGGGUGACAGAGAAAAGCCUUUGGAAGAGGUAACAGGUGAACAACAUACAGUGGUGGUCAGAAAAGUCAGAGCCACGGACGGAGUAGGGGGAAAGAAAACGCCCAAACCAAAGCAACGAACUCGUCUCCAGAAACCUCCUCUGCUUCCUAAACCUCGCAGCGUCCCGAAGAGAGAAAUAACGCUGCCAUCCAGCUGCAGCUCCGGGACCUGUGGCCCCUCCCACAUGGGGGAUGAAGAGCUGCUGUCUGUCUCAGGUGAGCAUGGAGGUAUUUCAGACUGCUGUGAAGUUGAAGCAACCUUAGUUUAGGGGCUAAUGAUAUUAUCAGAAAAUAAUGAGACAUUGUGAUCCUUUGAUUCAAGUAAGUGUUCAGAUUUAGUUGUGAAGUCUCUUUAGAUUAUCUCUUCAGUUCUUGUCUUAUUAUUGUCAUUAUUCUACUUAAUGUAACCACCUGCUCACUAUACAUCACUCUUCUUAUUACUCAGCUACCAACUAGAGAUACAAAGCUGCUCACAAUAAGUACAGAUCUAAAAUUGAUUUUAUUGAUGUAACAAUAAUUUAUUCAUGCAGCUAAAAUAAUCCCUUAGAUUCAACAGUUGGUUAUGUUUCCAUGGCAACAACAUUCCUAUCAGUCUCUUUGCAGGUCAAAUGAACAUUCAAACUAUUUUAAUUACAUCAAUGUUUUAAUGUUAGUCUGAUUUACUUUUAUAAAUCACCCAAACAAACGUAGUCAACCUUAACCGUGUUUGAUACAGACAGACUGAAGGAAACCUCUUUUUGCCACAGUUGUCAACAAGCAGAGGUGAAACUAGAAACAGUAUGUUCGACUGGACUCCUUCCUGGGGACUGGACUCUAACAGCUUGUCAAAGUCCCACUUUGAUCAACUAAUUUAUUAUUUAAAGCGCUCAGUGUUCUUUAAAUUGUGAUAAUGAUGUUUUUAGCCAAAAUCACAUUACCUGUGCCAUUUUUAAGCACUUUUCUUCUGCGAGUCAUGGGUGGAAUCAGCGCUGCUCUGCACCCUCCUCUUCAUGCUAGCUUGUAGCCUCACAUUGCCAGUGCAGCAGCAGAGACUUGAGUCCCAGCAGAGACUUGAGUCUGAGCUAUUCAGCUCUCAGACACUAAUGUCUUUGAGGGCAUGAUAAAAGCUAACAUCAUAAUUAGCUUUCCGCUGAUGCAAACACUUGUUGCAGGAUUGUCCUCUCUACUUUUCAGGCUCUGGCCUGCAGAGCGGAGUGCUGGGGGCAGAGCUUGGAUUUGUGACGUGGGAAAUUUCACUGUUUCUGAACCUGCUGUUUGGUUUCACAGCGAUUUGAAUGCAGAAAUACUCAGAAAUGCAAUUUUGCACUUAUUUUUCUCAUGAUAUGUUUUCUAGCAUCAGAAAAAUGCCAUACGAACAUGUAGACUACAAGAAAAACAUGAUUUUCAUAGGAGUGGGUCUAAAAGAGACUGUUAAGGUUCAUAAUGGAGGCAUUCUGGAGUCAUUACUUGUUGUAAAAACUGAAUUAUGACAAACAAACCAAUCUGAAAUCAGGAAUCACAGAGUUUGCAGGCAAUUAACCUCAAACUGGUUAGCUGAGUCUGGCUACUGUUAGCAGAGCUUGCACCACCAGCCUUCAGUCCUCCUUGCAGGUUAAUAUGUACAUACCUGUGCUGGUUACUCUGGUCAAGUGGUUAUUUACCAGUUUAAACAGUUUAACCAGACACAGCCUACAGCCUACAGACAACUUCAGCUUCAUUUUAGAUUAACAACCGCAUCACACUACACAAUGACAUCUGUCAGCUGUGGCUGUUGACACUUAGGUAAAGGAGCGUUAAAGAAACAUGGUAGCAGACAUUUAGCAAAGCUCCAGCAUGUCAGUCAAACAGUCUCUGAAAUGUUAUUAAUUCAUUUAACCAGCUUCCAACCAACUCUGUGUCCUCCGGUUCACCUCCAGCCUAGCCAGAAGUUCUAGUUUUCAGUUUAAGUCAUUGUCGUAAACAUUUUCAAAUGGUGUGAAGCAGAAGGAGAACAUGAGUCAAAGAGGUUUGAAGAGAAAAACAAUGAAACCUUAGUUUUCUUUCUUGUGGUGUGAACUCCUUGGUGAGGAGUUUUUGAGGACACCAGCUUCUGAUGUGGAGCUGCUGAUCCGGUCUUUACACCGGAAGUUAUAAUGAGGUAUGUUUGAUUUACAGAAGAGAGCUCUACUUUUAUCAGUCAAACCCUGAAACAAACCUACAUCUUCUCUGUUGCUCUCGUUAGUAGGAAAAAUUAAGGGUAUAAAUCAUUUAUAAAGACUGCUGUCUAGACUCACUGGAGCUAAAGGACAUCACAGACCAGUUCUUAUUCCCAGGUGUGGUUUGCUUUGAUGGUGUUGAUGAAUCUUUUCUCUCUUUUCUCAUCAGACUCCUACGACCCCAGUCGAGUGGAGAGAGUGUGACCUCUGACUCUGCCUUCACCACCGUGGAAAUCUGUCUUUCUCACGUUAACAGCUUUUUCCAACAACAAAAGACUUCAUCUCACCUGCCGGCUCGGUCAGCUGGGACCCUCAGAUAUAUGGUCUGCAUUAUUCCCCACAGAACAAACUGUUCUGGCGCUUCAGAGCAUUAUUAGAGCCAAAUAAAGGCGCCUGCUAGUGCCGAUUCUCCGGGCCUUUUCAACCUCAACAUCCGUCCUUCCACUUUUCUCCUCCGCUUACAGAGUUUAUUUGCUCAACAAAAAAACGGCCUCCAGUUGAAGCUUUUCGUUUUUGCUUUUGGAGAGAUGCAUGUCAUUAUACCCGUCUGCACUUGGCUCCUUCUGGAGCUCUGGUGCUGAAAUAUGAAUGUAAAAUUGCUUCUGCUUCACAAACAAAAGUAAUGUAACACACAAAAUAAGGCAACAGUAUUGCAUUACAAUCAGUAUUAACCUACACCAAAUGUAAAUAAGAAAGAGUUAUAAAGUUUUAUUAAGAAUAUAAAAAACAAUUUAAACAUUUAAAUGUUGAAGAAGGUAUAUUUUCUUAUCUGUUGAGAAAACACUAGAUUUUUUGGACGUGUAGUCUUUGGGUGUGUUACUAAUAAUGAAACCCUGUGCUCUUUAUUCUUCUACUUGUGUGAUAGAGAAUGUACUCUGAGAGCCUGAUGCAAUGAGAAACACUGUGGUCCCUGAAUAGUUUCACUUAAGAGCAAUAUAGUUUUCCUAUGUGGGAUGUUUGUGACAUGAUUCAAGUUGUAAGUCUCCAUUUCACGGAGCUCAUUGCAUUUAAACGUCUGCUCUAAAGCUCUACCUUUGGUACAAGUGUUGGAUUUGCACUGCUGAGAUUAUUGGCUUUAUGUUUCCUGUCAGCACCCGAAUAAUCUCCUCAAACAUUCUGAGAUUACACUCCCAGGAUUCAUGUUCACUCCCUCCCUUUUCCCGGUGCUGUCACUCUCAGCAUUAGCAGUCACCACCUGUAUCAGAUCUAACUUAGUUAAUCCUCACACUUUAAAAGAAUAAUAUCUCUAUUUUGAGGCACUAACUGGAGUCUCUAUGUACCCUUACAUUUUUUUCUUUGGUCAUGUCUUAGUUUAUGUGUGAUUUUUGAAGUGCUUUCCUGCAGGAAAUGAUAGAUGUAGCUAUUGAUCGCAGUGUGCCUUGUUCACACUGUUCUCUGGAGAACUUCACGUGUGUCAAACACAUUCAGUAUUUUCGUUUCAGGUUUACAAACCCUAAUUUAAACUGGACGUCAGUAUUUCAUCCUAAACUGAAACAUUUGGAGUUUUUCUGGCAAUAAUGAUAAUAAUGAUAAUAAUAAAGUUCAGUUAAAGAAGCUCAGUGUUGUUAUUAUUGAGAACCUGUCUGAAUAUAGAUGUUCAGUGGGUUAAAGCUCACAUAUCAGUGCUUUAUAAGUCGUGGGAAUAACUGGAAAUUGGUUUACACUCACUUCACUUAUGGGGUAGCAAUACAAGUUAAAACAUACCAAACCAAACUUAAUGCUAUGCAUCUGAACAUCAACAUUUACUGGGUCUAACACCAAAUUCAAACUCAAACUGCAGCAUCUGAGUGCGUGUUUGAUCCUGUCUCCUUGAGAUCCAGCAGGACUACAGGAUGAACCUGCUGGAUCUGGUGGAUCUAUUGGAUGCGGUAUUAGAUCAGUUGGAUUUGGUUAUUGUGUCUGAUGUUGGAACAUUAGAUCCAGCUGGAUCUAGCUUGGGCUCCAUAUAUGCGUGUGAUGAUCUGGUGUUUCUGGUGUUGGACCUGUUGUUGUAUUUUGUGUUGGGUCUAUUGGGUCUCAUCUUGAAUCCAAUGGACCUGGUGUUGGAUCUGGUAUUAGAUCUAAUGUAUCUAGUAUUGGAUCUGAUGCUGGAACUGAUGGAACUGGUGCACCUGGUGUUAAAUCUAUUGUGGGAUCUAAUGGAUCAGAUAGAUCUAUUAGACCAUCUGGAGUUUUACCUGGUGUAAUAUCUGGUGUUGGGUCUGUUGGAUUCAGUGUCGGAUCUGGUGCUGGAACCGAUGGAUCUGGUGUUGGAUCUAAUAGAUCUGGUGUGGGAUCCAAUGGAUCUGAAAAUCGAUCUGUGAGAUGAUCUAAAGUUUUAUCUGGUGUUUGAUAUGAUGGUGCUGCAAAUGGAUUGGGUGUCGGACCUGGUGCUGCAUCUGGUGGAUCUGGUGUUAGAUCUUGUCCCAGAUCUGCUGGAUCUGGUGUUGGAUCAGGUGUUGGACUUGUGUGCUUGGGGAGUGUUUCUGUUUGGCAUCCUUCAGUGCGAGGUCUCGUCGUCGUCCUGUAACCAGCCCAGUAGCCGUACCUCUGUGUUCCAGGUGAUGACCUGGUCGUCCUCCUUUAGGUCUUUUUUGUACUGCGAGGUCUUUGUAACAGGAUCCAGACUCUUGGUGCACAUCUUGCUUUGAUAUUUUCUAUUUUCAUACAGAAGUCUGUACAGCUUCUUUUGUAAGCGCGGCAUCUUUUUCUUUCUUUCUGGUGCAUGAAAUGCGUAAGACGUCACAGAGAGGAGAGUAUUUGCAUAUAAUUGCAUUUGGUACUAUAUAGUCUAUCCAAUAAACAACUGUUAUAUUUCAUAUAAUGUAUAUUUUAUUUUCAAGAAGUUAUGCUACAUAUUUAAAAGGUAUUUUUAGAUUAUUGUGAAAAGGGAAUUGUUUGUGACGGCACAAUAUUUGUCAGUAUUUGAUCAUUCAGAAUGGUCAGAUAAACGUGUGCUAAUGUACAGUGCUGCAGAGUAUUCAUAAAUAAAGUCUUUGCAUGAAAAACUGUCUCUGUGAAAUUAUGUGAACAUUAAACCUGUUUAAGGUGGUCAGGGUGUCCACAAUCCACUGACUGAAUAUAACCUUAAUAUAACCUGACUGAACCAACCUUAGCAUAAUUUUUCACAUUUCUCAUUUUCCACAAAACAUUACACUAGCUUUUGUUGGGAAUUUCUACAUUUUGUUUACUCCUUUCUUUGGAAAUCCUUAAUUUUACGUUUAUUCAGGUGGAUGUUUUUACAAAGUCACAGUUUGAAGUUACUUUCAAUCAAUUUUAGAUUAGUUUAUUGUCAAUAUUUAAAGGCUGAACCACUGCCAAUAAAUAUAUUUGGCAGAGACACAGUAUGCAAAGUUUACUUCAACUCUUUGGCAGGUGGGUGCUGUCUUUAAGAUUCCUCUUAUACACUCAUCUAUGGCAGUAAUUUAAGAAAAGAAGAUUAAUGUCAAAAUGCUGAAAAAGCUGUGAGCAGCCUUUUCACACAGCCCAUAUACUGCAAGCUGGUUUUAGCUUCAAUUCUGCCACCCAUGAGGUUUGUCUCCGCAUAGCACCAGGACCAGGUAAGAUCAAGUACAUGUCAUUAAUGUGAAUACAGUGAGCUCUUUGACCAGAACCUGAAGAAUAUAUAUGUUUUAUAUAUUGAUGUGCUAAAGUAUCAUUUUCUUCAGUUACCGAAAGUCACAUCAGUGUUAAAUUAAACAGUAAGAGGCACCAUCAAUCGAUCAAUCAACCAACCAACCAACCAACCAACCACUAAAUCAACAUAUCAAUAAGUGAAUAAAUCAGUUGAUCAAUUAGUCAGCCAAUGAAUCAAUCAAACAUUCACACACCACACAAUGGUCUCUGUCUUGAUUAUCAUAGCAGUCUGAUUUUCACCAGGUGAUUCAGAGAGGAUGUAGCAGAGAAUACCCAAACUCAGUUGUAUACAAACUCUGUCUUCAGGAACUUGCACUGUCAUACCAUAAACUAACAAAAUCCACUGUACUUCAUCUAAUCUACACGAUAAAAGACCUGCAAAGGACCACAGUCUGCAUCAAAUCAUGAUUUACCCCUCAGUUUGUAUUGAGACAUGAUAAUUCUCUCCAGAGCCGGCCCAAGGUAGAAGCGUACUAAGUGCCUGCUUAGGCCCCGCAUCCAAUAGGAGACCCCCAAGAGCAAUCAAAAAAAAAUUUAAUAUUUUUUUUGUUUUUUGCAUGUUUAAGUGAUGCUUUCUGUAUGAUCAAAUAUAUAUUAUUGUAAAAAUAGAAUAAAGUAAAAACACUUUUUAGUGCUGCUGCUGAUGUACUGCCGAUAUGUCAAAGCU